AUGUUUUUGCGCAGCUUCGGCCUGGUGGCCGGCCUCUUGCUGCCACCGGCUUCCGGUGGCAUCUUGGGUCGCCGCCAGGUUGUCGUCCACAAUCCGGACUGCAUUGUCGAAUACGACGUCGUGCCCACCAUCUACCAACAACCGGUCGCCGUGAGGACCCGUGUCUCACGCCCCACGACUAUUUCCAUCGGACCCGAUGUGGCCAUCACAGUCUAUUCUGAUGAUGUCCCCACGAAUAUUGAUACGCCUUUCCAUGACCCUAACGAGCACUUCAUUUGGUGGUGGUGGACUUGCCCCACCAGUAAAUACGAAUUUGGCUCCUCCAUCACGCAGCAGCUCUACGAGUGUGCUGAGAGCUCCUCAACUGCCACCCCGGCUGAGGGUACCUUAGGCACUGGCUCAAUUAUUGCUUCAUCAUCGCAAUCUUCAGCUGUUGGCUCCUCAGCCGCUACUUCAGAAGCUGUCGCUCCACAAUCUUCAGCCUCAACUAGUACUUCUGUGUCAGGCGGCGCGCAAGUCUCCAGUAGUACCUCGACAUCCUCGCAAACUCUUGUCCCUGGCAAUCCGAACACUAACCUAGGCCAACUGGGUUCAUCAUCCACCAGCUCGCAAGCUCCAGCUCAGAGCAGUAGCAUUUCAACUGGUAUUUCCAGUCUGGGAUCUUCAGUGUCCGGCGGCGCCCAGCCUCCAGCCGAGAGUGUUUCAAGUAGUGCUGCUGGUCAAGUCCCCCCAGUGUCUUCCUCGCAGCAAUCUCUUGUCCCUGGCAAUCCGAACACCAACCUGGGCCAAGGGACUUCAGUACCCAGCGGCGCAGAGUCUUCAGCUGGGGGUAUCUCGGCGGUAUCUUCCCAGCAGACGCUCUCGGCUCCCUCCCAGCAGUCCGUCAUCCCUAGCAACCCCCUCACUAAUUUGGGCCCGGCGGUUUCGUCCUUUGUCACUUUGCCGUAUCUCGGUGCAGUGCCAACGACUCUGACCGUCACAUCUGGCUCAAUAACGGAGGGUGUGGUGCUCACUCCCGCUACCAUUACCGCAUUUACUGGCCCGACAGCCACCAGCACGUACACCGCGGGCUACGCUGGAUUUACCACCACCACGUUAACGAUUGUUCCAACCCCAGGUGGCGCCAAUGAGGCAACUCUGAUCAUAGAAACACCGACAGCUACCUUGCCGCCACCUAGUACCAUCACAGCAGGACCAACUAACAGCAUCUCACCCUCUGGUGUGUUCACUUUGACAUACUUUGGGUCGACUGCUGCCUUUGUUACCGUGACAAUUGGUGGCAUACCGCGUAUUUUGUACAUGGUCCCCGCAACUCGGUCCGUCUCAUACUAUGCCACUGCGACAACUACCAUUUAUGCGGUCGCCACUGGUACUGUUGCAACUACGUUGACAGUCGUCCCGACAAGUGGUGUCGGAACCGUUAUCAUUGAAGUCCCUAACACGGCUUUGCCACCUCCCCUGAGCAACUUGAACCCUGGAGGCGUCACAGGUCGUCCGGUUGUUGGUCUGCCUGGGCCAGUGACGCUGGUGGCGACCGUUGGCACACAAGAGCAAACUGUGGGCCUUGUUCCGGCGUCCAUCACCACAUACACUGGUCCUGUAGGCACGGUUACCUUGACUGUUCCCUAUACCGGCUCGAUCAGGGUCACUGCAACGAUACUUCCCACCGGCACUGAGACUUUGGGAACAGCAGUGGUGUUCGAACCAAUCGGCACUCCCCCCACUGGUCCAAUUUCUUCGGCGUCAGCUGGACAAAGUGGACCUGGCACAGCUGGGCCCCCAGGAGGCCUCCCAACCUGGCCGUUCCUGACAGGAACCGCUCCCUCUAUCGCGACUCUCCCGUUUGGACCGUCAAGUUCUCCAAUUGGCAUUGUUCUGAGCCCGUCUGCCGGUCUUGUGUUCCCUGGAGGCUUAUUCCCAACGAUUAUUACUGUCCCAUACCCCGGCACGACACCCACCCUCAUCACCGUGAUACCGCCGGGUUCUCAACUCGGUACUGUCGUGCUGCAGACCCCAGCCAGCCUUGGAGGUUCACCCAUUGCUUCCGUAGGUCUUUCUUCAGGUGGUCCUGCAGUCACGCCUUCAGGUGGUCCUGUAGUCACAUCUUCUGGUGGUCCUGCAGUCACAUCUUCUGGUGGUCCUGCAGUCACGUCUUCUGGUGGUCCUGCAGUCACGCCUUCUGGUGUCCCUGCAGCCGUCAGCACCUUGCCUUACAUCGGUGAUUCGACUAUCUCAAUAGUGACAGCCACGAGUAACGGCACGCCGAUAACGUUUGUUAUUACUCCUGUACCUACGCCUUCUAGCAUCCCCGCCAUCGAUCCGAACAACCAGAUCACGGUGGGUUGGCCUGGAUCUAGCACUCGGACUCUGACCCUCGUGCCGACUGAGGUUUCCGCGCUGGGAACACUCCUGGUUCAGACACCAACUGGUCUCACCCCCUCGAGCACGUCUCCUCAGCUGCCUCUAGUCACAUACUACAUCUCAGGAUCGACGACCAUCAAUGGUAUCGCUACGUAUGGAGGCAGCACGACUAGCCUGUCUCUGCUCCCAGUCACCACGAGCACAGUCUUCACUGGCUUCCUCGAUGUCUUCUUUACGUUGACCAUGCCCUACGAUGGGACGGAGACACAGACCCUGACGAUUCUGCCAACUGGCACGAAUGUCGUAGGCAUUGUGCUCAUCGAGACGCCAGCAGGAGCUGCACCUACGGGCCCGCUAAUUGAUAUUUCGGCAUCUCUCGGUCUUGGCCAAUCUCCCGGUGUUGGCCUAUCUAUCGGUGUUGGGCAGCCGACUAUCACAGCCCCGCCGGUCUCAUCUCCUGCCAUUCCAACAGACGCCAUCGUUCAAUUCUGUGUCGGCUGCUCAACCACGAGAACGGUGGUUGCGACCCUCAAUGGCUCCGUUAGGACGAUGUUCGUUGUUCCGCUGACUUCGUCGCUCCCCUCGCGGAUCACGAUUCCUGUUGCCUCUUCAACCUUGACCGCCGCUUACAGCGGUAGCACUGCGAAUACGAUCACAUUGGCUCCUACGUCGCCAGGUGGUCUGGCUACUGUCAUGGUUAUGACUCCGUUUCAGUCUACAUCAUCUUCCACUCCGUCUCCUGCGGCUGUCCUCUCAUCUUCUGCGGUUGUCGUUCCGUCUUCCGCGCUCGUUUCGUCUUCCGCGGUUGCUAUUCCGUCUUCUUCGGUCAGGACCCUAUCUUCUGCGGUUGUCGUCUCGUCUUCUGCAGCCAGUAUCCCAUCUUCUGCAGUGAUUCUGUCUUCCGCGGCCAUUUCGUCUUCUGCAGUUGCCAUCCCGUCUUCUGGAGUCAAUACUCUAUCUUCUGCGGCUGGACUCACGCGGCCCUAUGUCGGAAUUGGAAUCAGCGCCACCUUGGCUAUUCCCUCGCUUGGUGGUGUCGCGGGUAGCCUGGGUGUGGUUUUAACACCUGCUCCCACCCCAUUCACCGGCGCCGUUGAUCCUUCAAGAACUCUGACGGUGCCCUGGACGGGAGCCUCUGCUGUGACUAUCACACUUCUUCCUACAGGCACAGAAUCACUUGGCCAGAUUGCCAUCCUUACGCCAGUUCUUGGGUCCGCAUCUCAGACUGCUGGUUCUCCGAUUGGCGGAAUAAGCAUUGGGGUCGCUUUGCCAUACGUCGGAGGCGUUAGUACCCUGAUCAUUUCACCAACGAUUAGUGGGCUGCCGCUGAAUGCUGCGGUGACUUUGACGCCCGUCGUCAAUACUUAUCUGAGCAUUCCCGUGGGCCCGGUCACUUGGACGGUACCUGCACAGAUUACCGCUGCCCAGACCAUCACUAUCCUGCCCGCUGGAACGAACUUGAUCGGGACGGUCGUCGUGCAGACGCCCGCUAGCGCUCUGGUUCCAAUCGGCGUUAGCAACCUGUUCCCAACUGGUGCGGGUAGCACCAUUGGACAGCCUUCAGGCGCCAGCGGAUUGCCUUCUGCCUCCAGCGGACAGCUUUCUGGUGCUAGCGGAUUGCUUUCAGGUCUUACAGGGUCUGCCACUAUUUCACUUCCAAAUGUUGGCAUCCUGACGCUGCCUUACAUUGGCGGUGGCGAGACUCAGACCAUCACACCACUCAUUUCUGGUGCCCUUGCGACGCUGGCUCUCACUCCUACGCUAACUACCUACACCGGAGCGGUGCAAAGCGGCAUCCUGACACUUCCUUAUAGUGGCUCGACAUCUCGCCUUAUCACAAUCUUGCCUGCGAACGUGGCUACUGGACUCGGCAUAGUAGUGCUCCAGACCCCUACUAUUGCGGCUUCGGCUUCGGCUUCGCUGAGCCCUUCGGCGCUACCGACUGGCCCGAUCACCAAGCCAUACCUUGGCGGUCUCUCUCCCACAGUGAUUACGCCUAUCAUUAACGGCAUACUGUCCACGGUGGCUCUUAGCCCGACCACUGGCACUUUCACAGGCCCAUUAGCCGCUUUGACGCUCACUAUUGUUGGCUCGCAACCUACGCCCGCUACGUUGACUCUUCUCCCAGUCGGAACCGAUAGCCUCGGAACGAUUGUGGUGGUUGUUCCUUCCACUGCCGUCGUGUCUCUGCCCUCAGCCGCUACCAACCUUGGUUUGCCGACUGGCCUGAGGACUCAGGGUUAUAUUGGUGGAAAUGCUCUCGUGACCAUCACACCCACCGUCAACGGUGUUCCGACACCAGUCUGGAUCACGCCGGUUCAGGUAGGCUUCACUGGACCCUUCGUGCCCUACACUCCGACAAUCGGCUAUGAUGGCUCAAUCAUCGCCACCUUGACCCUGCUUCCUGCACCGGGAGAGACCCAAGGCACAAUCGUAGUGGAGACUCCGACAGCACUGCUCUCCUCCUCCGUUACGAUAGGGAUCCCCUCGCGUCCCCCCAUCGUUGGCCCCGGCGGUCUGCCUCCAACGAACAACAACGUGCCCUACGUCACUGGAACUGCGACCACCUUCGUCUCAGCUACGAUGGGUGCUGCCACGUACACCUUCACUAUGGUCCCAACAACCACGCCUUAUACUGGUCCGAUUGACCCUGUGAACACGUACACGAUCGCUGGUCUGUUCCCGACGACGUACACUAUGGUCCCUACUGGCACCCAAACACGAGGCACUAUCAUAAUCCAGACAGUACCCGCGUCUCUCUCGGGUCUCAGCACGGUAGGUGCUUCGGCAUCUUUGAGUGCUGGCACGGCUGGCGCUUCUGCAUCCUCCGGCCUUUCUGUGGCUGGUCCUUCAGGCUCCAUCAGCGUUCCCGCGGCUGGUGCUUCAGGCUCCUCUAGCCUUCCCCUGUCUGCUCCUUCGGGCUUGUUCAGCGCUUCCGCGUCUGGUCCCUCAGGACCACCUUCUGGUCCUCCCACCGCUAGUGCUUCAGGGCCCUCCGGCAUUCCCGCGGCCAGCGUUUCCAUCUCUGCUGGUCUCUCUGCUGGUCUGUCUGUAUCCGCUCCUCCUGUGCCUGGUGUAGGCUUGAACCUUCCAUACAUCGGCGGCACAUCCACUGUUCUCGUUCCUGCGAGGAUUGGCGGUGUGUCCGGCAUUCUUACACUGACGCCAGCAACUGUGGCCAGCUGGAAUGGUGUGAUCAACACGGCCACGCCUUUGACUGUCGGAUAUGCCGGCCUGACGCCUGUCACGUUGACCGUCCUCCCGAGUAAUCUGGCUGAUCUAACGGCCACUGGCUUCCUCGUUGUCCAGACACCCACCGGCUUUGUCGCCUCGUCCGCAAGCCCGUCGUCUAUCCCGACGUCGACCCGGCCAUCCAUCCCGGCGUCCACCCUGACGUCUAUACCGACUGGCGGUCUCUACCCGUAUGUCCUUGGAUCCAACCCCAUGACCAUCACGCCGAUCUUUGCUGGUUUCCCGGUGACCUUCACUUUGACGCCAGCACCACCCGGGACUUUUGCGGGCGCGAUCGACCCGGCUACUACUUUCACGAUCCCGUGGACUGGAACUGCCACGACCACAUGGACGAUUCUGCCUAAUAAUCCGACGAACACGGUGGCCACUCGGGUCGUUGCCACUCCUGGUGUGGUCCCGAGUCAGUCUUCAGUUGCAUUCAGCUACACCACAAGCACGCUCGGCUACUCUGGGUCUGUCAUCUCGACGUACACGAUUACACCCACCGGAGUAAUUACGCCUGGGCAGGUUAUCACUGUUGUUGUGCAGACUCCUUUCGCACUUAUUUCGCAGCCGGGUCUCACAAAUCUGCUUCCGGGCUCGCCCACAGCGUCCAUCAUUCCUAGUGGGACUUCCAUUUCCGCUGGCAUCCUCGACCGUCCGUACAUUGGCGGCACCUCGUCUGGCCCGAUCACCGUUUCAGGAGGCGGCCUCGUCGUUCCGUCCGUGAUUAACCUUGUGCCAGCGACUGGCACAGUCUUCGCAGGCCCGGUCAACCCCUCGGUCACUCUGACUGCCGGGUACCCAGGAGCCGUACCUAUAACGGUUACUCUGCUGCCCCUUCCCGGCCAGACAGAGGGAACAGUUUUGGUCCAGCUUCCUACGGGUACUGGAUCCACGGGCUUGACUGUGCCGACCGGUGCCGGAAGGCCGUAUAUCGGUGAUAUUACGAGUGGCGUUGUUGCCGCAGCUACUGUUCUCGGCGGACUUCUCACUCAGAUUACCUUGACGCCGGCGACGACAACGUUCACAGGACCAUACAACCCGCUCGUGACUUUCACAGCGAUCUGGACAGGCUCAACUACAAAGACCUUGAUCCUCUUGCCGACGGGUGGGCAGCUAUCUGGCACAACUCUACUGCAAAUUCCGCAACCAACCGGUCUUUCCGCCAGCGUUCCCAUUGGCUUGCCCUCGGUAACUGCUGCGCCAACGCUCUCGGCACCGGCUCGCCCGUACAUGGGUGAUUCGGUAACUGACUUGGUCACUGCUUCAUUUAACCUUGGUCUUGGUGGUGUGUCUCUGACGCUUCUUCCGCUUACUCCGUACAGUGGCCCUAUUUUCACCGGGCGUCUCAACACAUUGGUCACGUUCACGGCAUCUUGGACUGGCUCAACUACGAGAACAUUGACAUUGCUGCCUACUGGCACUGACACUGAUGCAACUCUUUUAGUUGAGGUCCCACGGACGGCGGCUCCCUCGGUGAUUUCAUCGCUGCCGGCCGCUUCUGGUCGCCCGUACGUUGGCGAUGUGACAGCCGGUGUUAUUACUGCCUCUCUAGGUAUCGGUGCGCUACCCACACUAUUCCCCCUGACGCCCGCCCCAUUCGCUACCUUCACUGGGCCUAUCAAUCCUUCUGUCACGUUCACGGCGCCAUGGACCGGCACAACUACAAAGACGUUGAUUUUGCUGCCGACUGGCACUGAUACCGCCGGGACUUACCUACUGCAAGUUCCAUUGACGGCUGCUCCUUCGCCCACGGGUUCGUUGAUUCCGCCAGGCUUGUCGCUUUUGGUACCUUCUGCUACUUUGGCCAGGCCAUAUGCUGGUGACAGCACCGCCAUCGCCGUAACUGCAUUGCUCGGCAUUGGUGGUCUUCCAACGGGACUCUUCCUUACGCCUGCAACUGCCUCAUUGACUUAUCCAGUUGAUCCGGCCAACACAUUCUUUGCACCGUACCCUGGACUUUCAGUUAGAACCUUGACUCUGUAUCCCACGGGCACACAGACGCUUGCGACGUAUCUAAUUCAGACUCCGGCGUCUGUUGCCUUUUCUGGUCCAUCUGCGAGCUUGCCUGGUAUUCAAACUGGCGUUCGGCCGUACUUUGGCGACACGACACCAGCAGUCAUUACCGCUGCCUCAAUCGGUAUCUCGGCCGGGCUCACGACCUUUUACCUCAGCCCAACGGCCGUGCCAUUCACUGGCCCGCUGGCGACUGUUACCUUCACUGCGCCUUGGGCUGGAUCGACGACGAAGGUCUACACGCUCUUCCCCACUGGCACUGAUGUGGCGGGUACUGUCCUUGUGCAGACACCUGGAGUCCUCAGCUUGCCUAGCGGCUUGACCGGCCUCGCUUCUCCUACCAUCACCUCCUCGCCUGUCAACACGAUAGGAUUCCCUCGUAAGAUGUACGUGGGUGACUCAACAUCUGGCCUUAUCACGGUUUUCCCGUACGGCUCAACCGGUCUUCCCGUUACGUACUCGCUCGUGCCGUACACGGGCACUGUUAGCUUCACUGGUCCUUUCGAUCUCAUUACGUUGAUGGCGCCUUACGAUGGAACGGCCGUCAAGACGAUCACGUUUCUUCCUGACGGUUUUGGUGAGCCUGGCACCUUGGUCGUAGAGAUUCCUCGCCCUGCUUUCGCCAGCGCGACCGCUGCACUGCCCGUUCCGUCUUCGGUUUCGCCUCUGGCGUCGACCGGCAGGCAGUACUUCGGCGACUCCACCAUUGCGACCUUCACGGCAGUUCCCUGGAAUGGCAUUUCGGCCAUCGCGUCGCCAACCGUUUUCACGCUUACGCCUGCCACGCUGCCGUACACUGGUGCGCUUCAGCCAUUCGCCGAAUUUACCACUCGGUGGACGGGUCUCACGACUAGGACUUUAACGAUCCUACCUUACGGUACUAACACUGCAGGAUCGCUGUUGAUUGAGAUCCCUGGCGUUACUCCUGCUGCUAGUCUGUCCAGAUCUCUCGGUGCAUCUGUAUCGCUACCUUCUCCAGCUCUUCCAUCCAUAGCGCUGUACGAUGGAGACACAAUAAGCGGCGUUGUAACCGUCACCCCGAUCUUGGGCGGCGUCCCCGGACCUGCGCCAAUUGUCCUUACUUUGAUACCUGCUCCUACGCCCUGGUCAGGCCCGACUGAUACCGCUGCGGCCGUGACGGUUCCAUGGACCGGCACUGCUUCUCGCACGCUGGUUAUCCACCCCACUGGCACCGACACAGCCGCCACACAGCUCAUCGAGAUUCCUGCGGGCGCCUUCACUCCAUCGGCUGCGCCUUCGCUCUCCGCUCCGGCCUCUCCCAGGCCUUACGAUGGGGGCAGCACGACAGCACUCAUCACCGCGACGCCUUUCAGCUUAACCACCCUAUCCAACGGCUUGGUGGUUCCCGCGGUCGGCCUGCCCACGACGUUGGUUCUCACUCCGGCCACGGCUCGUUACUCUGGCCUUGUGGAUCCUGUCACGACGCUGUCGAUGAUAUACGGCGGGUCGACGACGAGCACGCUGAUUCUACACCCAACCGGCGCACAAACCCUGGGUACGGUUGUUCUCGAGAUUCCAGCCACCCCUGCGGCUUCCGCCUCGCCACCGUUUGCUACCACCGCCUCCGGUCUGCCAUCCUCAAUUGGCGCCGUGGGCCGGCCUUACGUUGGAGACUCCGUGAUUGCCACUGUGACAGUGACACCCGGUGUAUUCCAGCAAGUUUCAGGUGUUCCCGGCUCGAGCUUGUUGGUUAACUUCCCGCCUACGGCCCUCAUCAUCACGCCUGCGACGACGCCGUACACUGGUCCCGUCGAGGCGGCCACGAGACUCACGGCACCCUGGACCGGCCUGACCACGAGGACGUUGACGCUGCUCCCUCUUUCUGGCCAGACUGCGGGCUCAGCGUCUCCCACUGGGCCGGCCAGCCUUCCCUCUGCAUCUGCCCUUUCGAUUGGCCUUCCAGUUCUGUCGUACAAUGGUGGUGAUGGAUCUGUUCAGACUAUCACGGCUCUCCCAGGUGGAAUCCUGGGCCCCUUGCCCGGCGGCAUCCCGCUGACCUUUGUCCUCACACCUGCUACAACGUUGUACACCGGCUUAAUUGACCCGCUUACGAGACUUACCGCUCCUUACUUCGGCUCAACUACGCAAGUACUCACACUGCAUCCCGGAGCAGGUCAGUCGAUUGGAACUAUUCUGAUCGAGACGCCGUUCACUGGUCCUACUGCUUCUGCUACGCCUUCUCUCCUUGGGCCGAUCUCUCGCCCGUACUACGGCGGUGACGGUAUUGUUGCGACUAUCACGGCUAUUCCUGGUGGAAGCUCUGGCCCAAUCGCCGGCGCCGCUCCGCUCACCUAUGUUCUCACCCCUGCUCCUACACCUUACUCGGGAUUCGUGGAUCCGCUCGUAACGCUCUUGGCACCAUGGACUGGCCAAACGACGCGCACACUCACUCUCUACCCGCUCAGCGGACAGAGCGCCGGCACGUACUUGGUACAAACACCCAGUCCUUUAGCCUCACUGCCUGUGUCGCUUCUGGCCCCUGGCUCUGCUUCUGCAACCGGCCUGCUUUCGGCGUCUGCUCAAGCUAGCUUGCUGGCUCGCCCAUACGUUGGCGGAGACGGCAGCAUUGCCACCGUCACGGCUGCACCUGGCAAUAGCCUCGGCCCGCUGGCCAGCGCCGCCCUGCAAACCUUCCUGAUCACUCCCGCCCCCACGCCGUACAGUGGUCCCAUUGACCCCGCUACCACGCUGACGGCGCCGUAUGGCGGCUCGACGAUCCGCACCGUGACCCUCGUUCCGCUCAGCGGUCAAACGGCCGGCACGCUUCUUGUCCAGACGCCACUCAAUGCUGCAUCCGGCCCAGCCACCGCAUCAGCUACUGUGCCAGCCAUCUUGAGCGGUCGUCCCUACCAGGGCGGCACCACCACAGGAAUAGUGACGGCCACACCCUUUGCUGGCGGUUCGCUCAUCGGUGUUCCUGGCGCCAUCAGCUUGACCCCGGCGACUUCACUCUUCACUGGACCGAUAGACCCCGUCACCACCUUAUCGGCCUUCUAUCCAGGUUUCAUCACCCUGUCCCUGACGCUGCUGCCAACCAGCGGCGGCACGUUAGGCACGAUCUUGGUUGAGAUUCCGUUGACAGCGUCUGGCGCCUCCGCUCCGGGCUUCCCCUCUGCCACAGUCAGCGGUAGUCCUGGCGUGACUGCUGCAGUCCUCGGCGGAAGACCGUAUCAGGGCGAUUCCACCACUGGUACCGUCACGGCCACGCCAUUCGUGGGCGUCUCGCCUAUUGGCUUGCCUGGUGCGAUUGGCCUUAUCCCAGCAACUUCACCGUUUACUGGUCCAGUGGACCCGUCUACCACGAUGACCGCUUUCUACGGCGGCAGUACGGUGAAGACCCUUACCCUGCUGCCCUUGAGCGGCGGCACACUUGGAACGAUCUUGGUGGAGAUUCCGGCCACGGCCUCUGGGCUUCUCUCUCCUACAGGGAGUGUUGGUCCUUCGGCGUCGGCUCCGGCCUUCAUCAGCAGGCCGUAUCAGGGUGCUACUACCACGGGAAUCAUCACAGCCACACCCUUCGCUGGCGGCUUGCCCGCUGGACUUGCCACCGCCGUCGGUUUGUACCCAGCUACAUCGCCGUUUACGGGUCCACUGGAUCCAGUUACUACGAUGUCGGGCUUCUACGGCGGCAGCACGACACAAUAUCUCACCCUACUACCCACGAGCGGCGGCACGGUUGGAACCCUCCUGGUGGAAGUCCCGUUGACGGCCCUCGCCUCCGGCUCGGCGAGUCUACCUUUGCCAACUACAGCAGGGCCAGCGCUCGGCGGCCGUCCAUACCAGGGUGGCAGUUCACCUGCAACCAUUACUGCGGUACCUUUUGUUGGUAUCUCUCCUAUUGGCAGUCCUACCGCCCUCAGCCUGGAUCCAGCAACGUCGUCUUUCACGGGUCCCAUUGAUCCGUCUACGACACUCACUGCCUUCUAUCCUGGAAGCACGACGGCCUUCCUCACCCUGCACCCUACUCCUGGCGGCACUUUGGGUACCAUUCUCAUCGAGCUUCCCGCAACGGCUGCGGCUUCUGGCCUGCCGUCGCUCACUGCCUCUCCGUCGCUACCGCCGGCACAAAUUGGUCGCCCGUACCAAGGCGACACCAUCACGGCAACCCUGACGGGUACGCUGUUCGUCAGUGGCGUAGCAGCCUUGCCUACCGCGCUCAACCUGAUCCCGGCAGCGUCGCUGUUCACCGGUCCUCUGGAUCCUGCGACGACGGUGACCGUCUUCUACACUGGCAGCAUCACCAAGUCCCUGACGCUCCACCCGACCUCUGGCGGCACGCUCGGUACCCUCCUUGUCGAGGUCCCCUUGACCGGAGUUCUGGGCUCGGCAUUAUCCGCCGGCUCUCUCAGCGCUCCGUUCCCCACGGGCUCUACGGCAGCACCGGCGUUGACUGGUAGGCCUGCUGCGGGAGUUAUUGCCCCCGAAACCGUCACUGCGACACCGAUAAUCAGUGGCGUGGCAUUUCCGGCCCCGACGGUGAUGAGCCUGGAUCCCGCGCCGCCGUUCUCGGGCGCCGUGGACCCGGCGACGAGCCUCACGGCGGUUUACACUGGAAGCACGACGAGGACGCUGACGCUGUACCCGACAUCCGGCGGCACGCUCGGCACGAUUCUUGUUGAGGUGCCUGCGACGGCUGUAGGCUCUGCGACGCCUUCCCUGGGACUAAGUGCCUCGGUGCCAGCGUUGGUGACUGGCAGGCCGUAUGCGGGUGACAGCACAAUCGGCACUGUGACGGCCACUCCGGUCUUCACGCUCUCUGAUGGCAGUGUUUCAACUGGCCCGAUCACGGCCAUUGUUGUGGAACCUGCAACAUCGCCGUUCACCGGUGUAUUCGACCCUGCAACGACUCUUACUGCGCAGUAUCCUGGCAGCACUACGAAGGUCUUGACACUCUACCCGACGAGCGGUGGCACUCUCGCAACGAUUCUUAUCGAAGUGCCUGCCACUGCUCUGGGAUCUGCGGCUUCGGCAUCAGUCCCAACGGCCCCCGUCUCGCCCUCAGGUCCGGCCACGGCCUCGGUCUCGGGGCCAGCGCUACUGAGCGGCAGGCCGUAUUUUGGUGACACUACGUCGGGUAUUCUGACGGCUACGCCUGUCAUCUUCCAAUUUACCCCUCCCAACCAGAUUAACUUGGUCACUGCUUCACCCGUACCGAUUAAUUUGGUCCCCGCUGCAUCGCCGUUCGCUGGUCCAUUGGAUGUGUACACAACGUUGACUGUGUUGUACCCCGGAAGCACCACUAGGUCCUUGACCCUCUAUCCGACGCCCGGUGGCACGGCUGGCACUCUGCUCGUGGAGGUGCCGUCAAGUGGCCUCUUAACUGCCUCGCCUUCAGGUCCGGUUACUGCCUCGGUGUCAGCGCCAUUAACUGGCAGGUCGUAUUUCGGCGACAGUACUGCGACCAUUAUAACGGCUACGCCCAUCUUCACCAGCCUUGGUGGCCCCGCGCUGCCAGGCCCGCUCGAAACGAUCACCUUGAUCCCCGCUUCAGCACCAUUCACCGGUGAAUUGUCUGCGUUCAUGACGUUGGUUUUGCCGUACACUGGCAGCACUACAAAGUCAUUGACGAUCUAUCCGACGCCCGGUGACCUGUACGGCACUCUCCUCGUGGAGAUUCCGCUGAGUGGUUCCUUGGCUCCGCUUCCAGGGUCGGCUUUGGUUUUCCCCUCAGCUUCGACCGCGUCGGCACCGACUGGCAGGCUGUAUCAGGGAGAUAGCACUACUGGUGUCAUUACCGUAACUGGGCUCGACAAUCUGCCGACUGUUCUACCCCUGAUCCCGGUGACUUCGCCGUUCACUGGCCCGGUAGAUCCGUCCUCGACUCUUACAGUGCAGUACCCAGGUACCACUCCUCGGAUUAUCACGCUCCUUCCGACUAGUGGCGGACUGUACGGCACUGCAGUCCUUGAGGUGCCCUCUGGUGCCCUUUCGGGUCUUCCAUCAGCUUCCACCGGCACGCCCCUAGUCCCGACGGCUCCGACAGCUCUAGCACUCCCUGGCCGACCCUACCAGGGAGGAACCACUACUGGGGUUCUUACUGCUAGCGACGCCUUUGGAUCAGCAAUCGUCUUGAACUUGCAGCCAGCAACAGCGGCAUUUACAGGUCCCGUCGAUCCGGUGAUCACAUUAACGGCUCCCUACCCUGGAAGCAUCAUCCAAACUGUCACGCUUCUCCCCAUUAGUGGCGGGCUCUUCGGCACUGUACUUGUGGAAAUUCCUGCUGCUGCUACCACCGCCUCGCCGAUCCUUUCGUCUCCUGCUUCAAUUUCGGGCCCAGCAUUCACUGGCAGCCAGGGCGGUGCUUUGACUGGUUUCAUUACUGCCACGCCGGUCGUUACUCUUCCUGGUUUUGGAACAAUAACACUACCGCCCACCGCUAUCCCGUUGAGUCGGGUAAUUUCGUCAUUUACUGGAGGCGUCGUUACAACGGCCACUCUGACCGCAGGCUACCCGGGCAGUGUUACGCAGACCGUCACUCUUAUUCCCACUUCAGGUGAUUCCUUGGGUACUUUGCUUGUGGAAACUCCCACAGUUCCUAGCAGCUCGGCGGCUCCAGCAGCCACUGGCCGGCCAUAUGUAGGAGACACAACGAGUGGUCUCGUCACAGCCACGCCCGUUACUAACCUCGGCAAUUUCCAAAUCUCAACGCUGGCACCCACUGCCAUCGACCUAACUCCAGCGACCACGCCCUUCACUGGAGGCGUUGUUCCAUCGCUCAUCUUGACCGUCACUUACCCCGGAAGCACCACCCGGACAGUCACACUUCUCCCCACUGCUGGCGAGUCCCUGGGCACGCUUCUCGUAGAAUUCCCAGGAGCGCCUACCGGCCCAGCUGCCUCCUCGGCACCUGGCUCGGCAUCAGGUCCCAUCUCUGCCGCGCCUUCCGGAACUGCUGCCCCGUCGGGAUCCGCUCCAGCGCUCCCCGGCCGCCCAUACGUGGGUGGAACGACACCUGAUGUCGUCACAAUCACGCCCACGACCACCGGCACCGACGGUCUCCCAACGGCUGGCCUGCCCACGACGUUCAACAUCGAUCCUGCGACAGCCUUGAGCCGUUCAUUCCCUAUUGCGGUGACCCUGACUGCUCCAUACACCGGCGCCACCCCCCGAACGCUCUUCCUCCUCCCCACCGGUAGCGAAACUGCAGGCACGGUGCUCGUUCAAGUGCCGGCUUCGGCGUUGGCUCUGCCUUCGGGCUCGCUGCUGUUCUCAGGAUCGGCUUUGCCUUCGGGCUCGCUCCUGUUUUCAGGAUCGCCUGUGCCUUCAGCAUCUGGCCCAGGCUCAGCAUCAGCUCUACUAUCAGGAUCAGCCCUACCUUCGGCAACGGCUCCUGUCCUUGGCCCUCGACCAUAUCAGGGUGGCACUGCGCCUAGCAUCUUGACGGUUACGCCAGCCAUAAUCGGCACUGAUGGCUUACGCACGCCUGGCCUCCCCACGGCGCUUAGCCUCGAACUCGCUACUUUGAGCUUUUCUGGAGCUGUCGAUCCGCUCAUUACAUUGACAGCUGUUUACCCAGGCACUAUAGUCCAGACGCUGACCCUGUUCCCCACGCCUGGUGGAACUCUGGGAACCGUGCUGCUUGAAAUUCCCUUGACGGCGGCCUUCGGGUCGCUUUCAGCAGCGCCGUCAGCAUCGCCUUCAGCUGGAAUAACUUCAGGCCUCGGCGGUCGUCCGUACCAAGGCGGCUCUGCCCCGAGUGUUCUGACGAUCGCGCCGGUCACUCUUGGUUCCAACGGUCUACCGACAACUGGAGCUCCUACGGUGCUCAGCCUUGAUCCGGCAACGUCACUCUUUACCGGCCCAGUUGACCCAGCAAUCACGUACACGGCACCCUACUCGGGCACUGUUGUGCAGACCCUGACACUGUUGCCCACACCUGGAGGUACUGUAGGCACCGUACUAGUUGAAGUGCCCUUCACCGCCUUGGGUCUGCCAACGGCUUCAGCAGGAACGGCUUCAGCAGCAACGACCCCAGGCCUUGGUGGUCGCCCGUACCAAGGCGGCUCCGCCCCGAGCGUCCUAACAGUCGCACCAGUUACCAUUGGCUCCAAUGGCCUGCCAACGACCGGCGCUCCCACGGCCAUCAGCCUCGACCCAGCGACAUCGCUCUUCGCCGGCCCAGUCGACACAGUGACGUACACGGCCGCCUACCCGGGCAGCACCACGCAGACCAUCACCCUGCACCCCACGCCCGGCGGCACCCUCGGCACCGUGGUCGUCGAAGUGCCUUCCACCGGCCUAGCACCGCCUGUACAGACGGCUCUGGCUACGGGAACAGCACUACCCCUUACCGGCCGCCCGUAUCAGGGCGGCACCGCGCCGAGCAUCUUGACCGCCACGCCAGUUACCCUCGGCCCUAGCGGUCAGCUCAUCCCCGGCGUUCCUACAACUAUCAGCCUUGAUCCGGCGACGUCGAGCUUUGCCGGCGCUGUCGACCCUGUCACGACGCUCACGGCGGCGUAUCCUGGGAGCGUCACGCAGACCUUGACGCUUUUCCCGACGCCUGGUGGGACACUCGGAACGGUUCUGAUUGAGGUGCCGGCGGCGACGAGCGGCCUUCCAGGUGGCCCGUUGGCUGGUAUCUCGGGUUCUCUCUCGGCUGGCCUGUCUAUUGGUUUGUCAGCUGGCAUUCCAAGUGGUUCGUCCGCUGGCAUUCUGAGUGGUUCGUCAGCCGGCAUCCCAAGCGGUUCGUCCAUCGUGCCAGCAAUAAGCGCUGGCCGGCCGUACCAGGGAGGUUCAGCGCCGAGCGUGCUGACGAUUACGCCGAUUUCUGUGGGUACGGAUGGACUCCCGACCAUCGGCCUGCCAACUGCCUUGAGUCUCGAUCCGGCAACAUCCCUCUUCACGGGCGGCUUGGAUCCAGGAACUACAUUCACGGCUACCUACACAGGCAGUACCACACAAUACCUGACCCUCCUUCCCACGCCUGGUGGUACCUUGGGCACUUUGCUCGUCGAAGUCCCCGCGUCCGCGACUCCAGGUGUCUCAGCCACCGCUGCCUCAUCCCCGGUCUUGUCGUCUCCCACGGCGGCUCCAGCCUUCCUCAGUCGCCCGUACGUAGGCGACACGACGACGGGUAUCUUGACAGCUACACCGGUCCUUACUCCGGGCACAAACCCACUGCCACCCGGCUUCUCUGGUAUCGUACCGCUGGGACCGGCCACUGCCUUCGGUCUUGUGCCGGCGACGACGUCCUUCACGGGCCCGGUGGACCCGGUGACCACCUUCACGGCCGUGUAUGGGGGUAGUACGAUCAAGAUCAUAACCCUCCUUCCUACCUCCGGUGCCACUCUGGGCACUGUUUUGAUGGAGGUUCCUGUCGACACUGCGGCAGCAUCGCUACCCGCGCAGCCUACGAUCUCGGCACAGCCUACACUCUCCGCUCCAGUACUGAACGGCCGCCCGUAUCUGGGAGACACCACGACUGGCACUCUGAUCGGGACGCCCUUCGAUGCCGGCAUUCCAUUAGGAAGCGUACUGGAAACGUUCAACCUCAUUCCGGCAACCUUCAGCACCACCUUCCCGAUCGAUCAAACCAUCACGUACACGGGCUUCUACCCAGGAACCACGACCAAGACUCUCACCCUCUUCCCUACCCCUGGCAGUAUUUUUGGAACACUCGUGAUAGAGGUGCCUGCAGCCAACACUACACCAUUGAUCUCGCCUCCCGGGACGGCGUUGGUGCAGCCUUCGUCAUCGGCUCCAGCGGCCGCUCGCCAACGUGCCUACCAGGGCGAUACGACAACCGGUUCUCUGUUAGCCACGCCAGUCAGCAUUCUGGGCAUACUGCCUGCUCAGAUCAGCGCGGCGUUGUCAAUUGGCCUACCCAUUGCCGUCGACCUCACCCCGGCCACCUCACUCUUUACUGGACCGUUGGAUCCGUCCACCACUUACACGGCUACCUACCCUGGCAGCACCAUCAAGUUCCUCACGCUCUUGCCUACUCCCGGUGGAAUAUUCGGAACGCUCAUCAUCGAGGUCCCGGCGGCGGCGGCGGCGACUGCAACAGGGUCAGGACAGCCUUUGUUGUCCUCGUCACCCGUAGCGACGCCCGCUACGGCGCGGGCUUAUCAGGGCGACACGACGACUGGCUUGUUGACUGCUACGCCAGGUGGCUCUCUGCUGCCGACUGGUGGUCCGCUCACGCUCAUUAACAUCAUUCCGGCGACUUCAUCGUUCACUGGACCGCUGGACCCGGUCACGACUCUUACGGUCACUUACCCAGGCAGCACUACUAAGUUCUUGACGCUCCUGCCUACUCCUGGUGGAACGGUUGGAACGCUUCUUGUGGAGGUUCCCGCGGCAACCGCUGGUGGAACAGUUUCCCUACCGCCUUCAUCAUCUUCUCCAGCAGCGGAGAAUGCACGUGUCUACCAGGGUGAUACUACGACGGGCGCUCUGACGAUCACGCCGGGUGGCACUCUGUUGCCACCCGGUCUACCGGCGACAGUCAUCAACGUCACCCCGGCCACUUCAUCGUUUAGUGGACCACUGGACCCGGUCAUCACCUUCACCGCCGUCUACCCGGGCAGUACGACCAAGUACCUGACGCUCUUGCCUACUCCUGGUGGCACAGCUGGAACGCUUCUUGUUGAAGUACCGGCAGCAACGACUGUUGGAACGGCUCAGCCUUCAUCCUCGCCAGCAGCUCAGACCGCCCAGGCGUAUCAGGGUGACACUACCACCGGUGUAAUUACUGUAACCCCGGCCAAUGGGAUUCCGACUGCUAUUAGCCUAACUCCAGCAACCUUCAGCUUCCUUGGACCUGUAGAUUUAGGUAACAUCCUUACUAUAUUUUACCCGGGCAGUUCUACUAAGAUCUUGACGCUCUUGCCCACGCCGGGUGGCACGCUUGGAACGAUCGUCGUUGAGGUGCCAGCGACAGGCAUUGCAACGGUUUCUGCGCAAGCUUCAUCAUCGUCGCCAGCAGAGGCCAACGCACGUGCUUACCAGGGUGAUACUACCACAGGCGCAGUUACUGUGACGCCGACCAAUGGAGUUCCCACUGUCAUUGGCCUGAGUCCAGCGACCUCGAUCUUCACGGGUCCCGUCGAUCCAGCCAACACGCUCACUGCAUUCUACCCGGGUAGCACCAUCAAAACGCUCACCAUCCUCCCCACGCCCGGCGGCACAUUGGGCACAGUCUUGAUCGAACUCCCCACGCCCGUCUCGGGCAGCGUGCCCUUCGCCACGACCACUGGCGCAGUUGUUCCGUCAUCAGCAAGUCCAGCUGCUGCGCAGACGCGGACGUACCGCGGCGACACGACCACGGGCGUCCUCACUGCCGUGCCAUUCAUCAACACCGACGGCAUAGUCGAUUUCGCCACCAUACCGCCGAUUGGCCCGCCCACGGCGAUGAGCAUGGUGCCCGCGACUGCCGCCCUCCCCCGCCCGCCGCUAGAUCCGGACACGACCUUCACGGCCUUGUACCCCGGCAGCACGACCAGAUACCUCACCCUCCUGCCUACCCCCGGGGGCAACAACUUGGGCACGCUUCUGAUAGAGGUGCCUUCGCCCGCCGCAGCUACCACCAGCAGCGCCGCCGCUGUUCCCUCGUCAACAGGCCAAUCCGCCGCACCACCACAGCAACAGCAGCAACAACGGGCCUACCAGGGCGACUCGACCACCGGCGUCCUCACCGCCACGCCCUUCUACAACCCCGGAGGCUCCCUCAUCAAUCUGAGCAUCGCGUCGGCCAUCGGCGCGCCCACCACGCUCGGCCUCACGCCCGUGCCGUCGACAUUCAUCCCGAUCGACCCGGCGACCACUUACACGGCCUUCUACGCCGGCAGCACGACUAGGUUCAUCACGCUGCUGCCCACCGCGCCUGGCGUCACUCAGGGCACGCUCCUCAUGGAGGUGCCCGCGCCGACUUCCGUGUCCGGCAUUCUCCCAGGUGCUUCGUCUCUCAGCUCGGGUCUCGAGCCGGCGACCAGCUCGUCCGCGACGGGCUUCUUCGGCAGCUUGAGCAGCUUGUUCUUCGGCACGUCAGCUACUGCCUCCCUGCAGCCCUCUGCCAGCGGCCAACCGCCGCUGCUCUCCGGCUCUCUCGGUCUCAGCGCCUUCGCACCCAGCCCUGGCGAGAGUGGCGCGUCUGGUCUUCUUCCCGGCGGCUCCUUCUCUGGACUCGUACCCUCCGGCGGGUCGGCUUUGGCACCUGGCGCCUCUUCGCUCUCUGCCGGCGGCGAGCAGCCGCUGCUGUCCGCGUCCGCAUCUCUCGGCCUCGGCUUGUCUGUCUCCGGUUCGCCGGUUCCCAGCGGUAGUGGUGGCAGUGGCUCGUUGCCUCCGCUCAUUCCACCCGGCGGAACGGCCUUGGUGGUUGGCGCCUCUUCGAGCGUGGGUGCUGGCCUCCCGACGAUUACUUCAACUGUUGGUGAUAUUGCUUCGCCUUAUACGUCGACGGGCGUGUUUGCUGCUGCUACCACAGGUUCGACGGUUGGCCCGCCGUUCACCGGCGUCGUUGUCUUCGUGCCCUCUUCUGGAGUGGCCUUGCCACUGACUACGACCAUCUUCGGCAACUACGCGACGGCUUACACCACGACGGGUGCGUUUACGCCUAGCAGUGGUGCGCCGUUUAGCGGAGUGAUUGUUUUCGCGCCGUUGACGGCCUCUGGUGGCCCCGGCUUCCCGCCGACCACGUCCAUUUUCGGUGAUUUUACUGCACCCUCGACAUCGACGGGUGUGAUCACGCCGGCAAGCGGAUCGCCAUUUAGUGGGGUUAUCGUCUUUGUGCCAUCGACGGCGGCGACUGGCAGCGGUGCGUCUGCGCCCAGCCUGCCAACUAUCACGUCCAUCGCUGCCAGUGUUGUUUCACCUUUCACCUCGACGGGCAUCAUCACCCCGCCUACUGGCACGCCAUUCAGCGGAGUUAUCGUCUUUGAGCCACAGACACCUGGCGGUCCCUCUGGUCUCAUCCCCAGCGGCAUUCCUACCGCUCUGAUCUCUGGCGGCUUGCCUACAAUCACCUCUAUCGCCAGCAAUGCCGUUUCGCCUUUCACCUCAACAGGCCUCAUCACACCUCCCACCGGCACACCGUUUAGCGGAGUCAUUGUCUUUGAGCCACCGACGGCUGCUGGCACAUCUGUGCCCGGCUUGCCUACCAUCACCUCCGUCGCCAGCAAUGUUGUGUCACCGUUCACUUCCACCGGCAUCAUCACGCCUCCGACCGGAGCGCCGUUCAGCGGCGUCAUCGUCUUCGUUCCUCCCACGGGUCUUCCCGGCGGCGGUGCAUCUGGAGCAAGCUUCCCGCUUGUCACCUCGACCGUCGGCAGCAUCACGUCGCCCUUCACGUCGGCAGGCCUCAUCACGCCUACCGACUCGGCUGGCAGUACGCUUGGCACACCGUUUAGUGGCGUUAUCGUCUUCGUGCCGCCGACAGGUGGCCUCGUCCCUAGCGGUGCAUCUGCCCUGGCUCCCAGCAGUGGAUCCGCAUUGGGUCUUCCUACGAUCACUUCGGUUGUCGCUAGUGUUGCUUCACCCUUCACGUCGACGGGCCUGAUUACGCCUACCGAUCCAGCUGGUAUUGCUACUGGCUCGCCGUUUGCUGGAGUCAUCGUCUUUGUGCCGCCUACAGCGGCUACGGUUCCUGGCGGUCCUUCUGCAUCGGGUCUACCUACGAUUACCUCGAUCGCCGCUAGUGUUGCGUCGCCGUUCACCUCUACGGGACUCAUUACUCCGACAAACUCAGCUGGUAGUGCAGGUGCUCCAUUCAGUGGAGUUAUCGUCUUCGUGCCGCCGACAGGUGGUCUCGUUCCUAGCGGCGGAUCUGCCUUGGGCCUUCCCACGAUAACCUCGAUUGCCGCCAGCAUUGCCUCGCCCUUCACGUCCACGGGUCUCAUCACCCCGACCAAUUCAGAUGGCAGUACAGGUACCCCGUUCAACGGCGUCAUCGUGUUCGUGCCGCCAACAGCCGCUCCUGGUGUGUCCGCAUCGGGCCUGCCCACCAUCACCUCCACCAUCGCCAGCCUGUCCGGUAUUCCAUUCAAUGGCCCUCCGUUCACUAGCACUGGUGUCGUCAACCCGACCAACUCGGUAGGCAUUGCCACGGGCACGCCAUACAGCGCCGCUGUCGUCUUCGUGCCACCAUUACUCGGUGCCACUUCGAGCGGUGCAGGUCUGCCAACGCUCACCUCGUUUGUUCCGGGCCUGCCCAUUCCUUUCACGUACACUGGUAUUAUCACUCUGCCGAACGGCACGCCAUUUAGCGGCGUCAUCGUCAUGGAUCCAGCCGCAUCAACAGCCGCUGCUGUUUCUCCUGGUCCAGCUCUUCCGACAAUCACCUCGUUCGCUCCGUCGCUGACCGCCCCUGUCACGUCGACUGGCCUGAUAACUCCGCCGUCCGGCACGCCGUUUAGCGGUGUUCUCGUCUUGGAUCCAUCCACAGGCGCUGCUGUUUCCAGCGGUACAGGUCUUCCAACGAUAACCUCAAUCGCCGGCAGUGUCGUCUCUCCGUUCACUAGCACCGGUCUGAUUACUCCGCCGACUGGCACUCCAUUCAGCGGAGUUGUGGUCUUUGAGCCACCGACAGCCAUCCCAGGAGGUCUUCCCACGAUCACCUCCGUCGCCGGCAAUCUUGUCUCUCCAAUCACGAGUACUGGUCUGAUCACCCCGACCAACGCAGCAGGUAGCCCAACUGGCACGCCGUACAGUGGCGUCAUCGUCCUUAUACCAUCAAUUGGCGCUGGUGUGGGUCUCCCCACGAUCACGACCGUAGGCAGUGCGGCUUUCACUUCCACCGGAAUCAUCACUCCCACCGACGCUUCGGGCCGUCCCACUGGCUCGCCGUUCAGCGGAGUCAUCGUCUUCGUUCCGUCAACCGCCGGCGGUGCAUCUGGCGCAAGCCUCCCCACCAUCACGUCGACCGUCGGAUCUGCUGAUUUCACCUCCACCGGUCUGAUCACGCCCACAAACUCGGCAGGCAUCGCAACAGGCACGCCGUACCCCGGCGUCAUCGUCUUCGUGCCUUCGACAGGGGGCACUGGUGGUGGCUCGAUCCCCGCUGGCACCCUUUCCGCGCCCAGCGGCUCUGGACUCUUCCUUGGAAGCAUCAGCGCGAGCGGCGCUGCUUCGCUGAACCUGCCAACCGUGACGUCCGCUGUUGGUACCCUGGCCUCGCCGUUCACUACCGUCGGCCUGAUCACGCCUACGAACGCAGCGGGAAGCCCCACUGGUACGCCGUUCAGCGGGGUGAUUGUGUUCGUGCCGUCGACGGCUCUUGGUGGUGGCCCCUCGGGCCUGCUGCCAUCUGGAAGCGGCGGCUUGCCCACCAUCACCUUGACGAACACGAACUUGGAGAUCCCAUACACUUCCACCGGGCUGAUCACGCCCACCAACGCGCUCGGCAGCGCUACGGGCACGCCGUUCCCCGGCGUCAUCGUUUACGUACCUCCGAUUCUUGGUUCCAGCGGCGGCGCACCGACGGCUGGAGGCCUCUUGCCGACGAUCACCUCGUUCAUUCCCGGCUUCCCCUUGACUAUCACGACAACUACCCUCAUCACGCCCACGAAUGCGGCUGGUGUUGCCACGGGCACGCCGUACAGCGGUGUUGUUGUUUUCGCGCCUCCGCCGUCCGGUGGUGUCAGUUCGAGCCCUGGUGGUGCACCGAGUGGUGGUAGUGCCGCCGCCCCAGCGCCAACUGGUGGUGUGGUGCCGACGGUUACCUCAUUUGUCAGCAAUGUCGUCUCGCCUGUUACUACGUUUGGCCUUGUCACGCCGACCGACACGGCGGGUAAUCCGUUCGGCUCACCGGUUAGCGGAGUCAUCGUCCUGGCGCCUCUGACGGGCUUGAACCUUGGCUCUAGCGGCGCUUCUCCGAGCGGAAGCCUGCCGACAAUCACGUCUUUUGUUGGCAGCGUGGUCUCACCCAUCACUACGUUUGGCCUUAUCACGCCUACCAACUCCGCUGGUAUUGCCACCGGGUCACCGUUCAGUGGCGUGAUUGUUCUGGCGCCAUUAUCGUCGGUGUUGAACGCUGGCUCCAGCGGCGCCCCUGGUGAAGGCUUGCCAACCGUUACGUCUUUUGUUGGCAGUGUAGUCUCUCCUAUCACCACGUUCGGCCUUAUCACGCCUACCAACUCGGCCGGCAUUCCUACUGGUUCGCCGUUUAGUGGUGUUAUUGUUCUUGAGCCCUUGUCGUCGGCAUUGAACGCUGGUUCCAGCGGCACUCCCGGCGCAGCUGGUAUUGCUACCGGGUCGCCUUUUAGUGGUGUCAUCGUUUUGCUGCCCUCUUCAGCAUUGAACGUUGGUCCCAGCGGCGCUCCCAGUGGAGUCCUGCCAACAGUCACCUCGUUUGCUAGUAACCUGGCAUCGCCCAUUACUACAACCGGCCUCAUUACGCCUACCAACUCAGCAGGCAUUCCUACUGGAUCGCCCUACAGCGCGGUCAUCGUGUACGAUCCUGCUACGGCAGUCAGCGCUGCCAUCCCCGGCUCCAGCAGCGGCGCCCCUGGCGGCGGGUUGCUCACGAUUACCUCGUUCAUCCCCGGCCUGCCGUUCCCUCUCACGACGACUGGCCUCGUUACGCCUACCAACUCAGCGGGUAUUGCUACUGGCACGCCGGUCAACGGUGUCAUCGUUCUCCUGCCCCCAGCGCUCAACACUGGCUCAGCUCCCGCCGCAUCCACCACUCCCGGUGUUCCAGGCCAGAGCCUCAGCGGCCCAGCUAGCGGCUCUUCUACACCUGCGGCAGCGGCGAACUUGCCCACCAUCACCUCGAUUGUUAGCGGCGUGGUUUCGCCCUUCACCACGACGGGUCUGAUCCCAGCCACGGAUUUCGCCGGUGUUACAAUUGGUGCGUCGCUCAGUGGCGUCAUCGUCUUCCUGCCGCCGUCAGGCCUUCCCAGCGGUGGUGGCAUCGCUCCCAUUCCCGGGACGGCUUUGGUUUCUCCCGGCCCCGGUGCCUCGAGUGUGAGCGGUAUUCUGGGUGCUUCUGGACUCAGCGGCUCAGGGCUUCCAAGCGCCAGCGGGCCCCCGGCAGCUGGUCUUCCUACCAUCACUGUCACCUCUGGGAACACCGCUUUCACGUCGACAGGCCUCAUUACGCCUACCGACUCGGCUGGAAGCGCUACUGCCUCGCCGUUCAGCGGUGUGCUUGUCGUUGUGCCUACAACGGGUCUUCCUACGAUCACAUUGGUUUCCGGAACCACUCCUUUCACUUCCACCGGCCUCAUCACACCCACCAACUCUGCUGGAAGCGCUACUGGCGCGCCGUUUAGCGGUGUGGUUGUUGUCAUACCGACAACAGGCCUUCCUACGAUUACUUCCACUGCCGGGAACAGUGCCUUCACUUCAACCGGUCUUAUCACGCUGACCAACUCCGCUGGAAUCGCUACUGGUUCACCGUUCAGUGGUGUGGUUGUCUUCGUGCCUACACCGAGCGGUUCCCCAGCAACCGGCCUUCCUACGAUCACCUCUACUGCCGGCAGUAGUGCUUUCACUUCGACUGGACUCAUCACGCCCACCAACUCAGCUGGAUUCGCUACUGGCUCCCCGUUCAGCGGUGUCGUCGUUUUCGUACCUACAUCGGGUGCUAGCGGCCUUCCUGGAAGUGCUUCAGCACCUGGUGCCCAGUCUUUCUCUGGCAGCGCUCCCGUUGCACCGAGCGGUUCGGGAUCUGGUCUCUCAGGCCUCCCAGGUCAGAGCCUUGGCGUGAGCGGUUCCUUGCCCGGCAGCCUUCCCACGAUCACCUCGGUUGGCGGCAGCAGUUUGUUCACCAGCACAGGCCUCAUUACUCCCACCGAUUCGGCUGGCAGUGUUGGCACGCCUUUCUCCGGCGUCAUUGUGUUUGUGCCGUCGACAGUUCCUGGUGCCUCUGGAAUUCUCCCCAGCGGCGCUCCUACUGCCUCUGCCCCUGGCUUGAGUGCAUCUAAUCUGCCUACGGUCACCUCGAUUUCUGGCAUUAGUGCUUUCACUACGACUGGCCUCAUUACCCCGACAGACUCAGCCGGCAGGACUCUUGGUACGCCGUUCACUGGUGUUAUUGUUUUCGUGCCAUCGACAGCCGGUGGACCAUCUGGUCUUAUUCCCAGUGGUGCUCUUACCGCUCUGCUCCCUGGCCAAAGCAUCAGCCCGAGCGGCACUCCGUCGAAUCUGCCUACGGUCACUUCGGUUUCUGGCAGCAGUAUCUUUACGACCACUGGCGUCAUUACGCCCACAAACCCCUUUGGCAUCGCUACUGGCUUGCCCUACACCGGGGUCAUCGUCUUCGUGCCCUCAUCAGCCGCCACUGGUGCCCCGAGUCUCCCCACCGGCGGCGCUCCCAGCGCUCCUGGUUCUGCCGCCACGGACUUCAUCCUCACCCCAAGCGGCUCCGCGCCCAGCCUACCAACGGUCACCUCGGUCGUUGGAAGCAUCAGCGCCGUCUUCACCACCACCGGCCUCAUUACGCCUACGAAUGACUUUGGCAUCCCUACGGCUUCGCCAUUCCCCGGCGUAAUCGUCUUUGUUCCCUCGGUAUCAAUUGGUGCUUCUCUAAGUCUCGGCAUCAGCGGUCUCGGCCUGCCGACGGUCACCGUGUUUGGUAGCAGUGCGUUUACGACUACUGGCCUCUAUCAACCUACGAAUGCCCUGGGCAGUGCGAUCGCGUCGCAGAUCAGCGCGGUGAUCGUCUAUGUGCCUUCAACGGCCGCUGGCGCCAGCCCCGGAAGCACUGCUCUCCCCACGAUCACCUCGAUCGGCGAACGCGCCUUCACUACCACCAGCGUCAUUACGCCUACCAAUUCAGCCGGUGUUGCAACUGGGUCGCCGUUUAGCGCUGUGGUUGUCUUUGUGCCGUCGACGGCUGCCGGUCUCCCCACCGUUACCUCGAUUGGCAGCAGCGCCUUCACCACCACUGGACUCAUUACUCCAACCGACGCUUCCGGUGCUCCAACUGGCACGCCGUAUAGUGGAGUGAUUGUCUUUGUGCCCUCGACGGCUGCUAGUGGUACUGGUCUACCCACGAUCACUUCGAUUGCGGGCAACCUCGCCUACACCACCACUGGCCUCAUUACGCCUACCGAUGCCGCCGGGACUCCGACCGGAACACCGUAUAGCGGCGUGAUCGUUUUUGUGCCCUCAUCAGCUGCUAGUGGCGCGAGCCUUAGCCCCAGCGGCCCUGCUCUGCCAACGGUUACUUCGAUUUCAGGCACCAUUGCUUUCACGACUACCGGUCUCAUUCCAGCCACCAACGCUGCCGGCUUCACAACUGGGACGCCGUUCAUUGGGGUCAUCGUUUUCGUUCCUUCAACAGCGGCUGGUGGUGCCUCGAUACCCGGCGUCGGUCUGCCAACCGUUACCUCUUUCGCACCUAGCCUGGUGUCCGCUCUCACAACCACUGGCCUCGUCACUCCUACCAACGCUGCCGGUAUCCCAACCGGAUCGCCGUAUAGCGCAGUCAUCGUUUUCGAUCCCGCGACUGCGAUUGGUGCCUCGACGCCCGGUGCUGUUCUGCCGACAGUUACCUCUUUCGCGCCGAGCCUGGCUUCUCGCCUCACAAGCACCGGCCUCAUUACUCCUACGAAUAUUGCAGGCAUCCCGACUGCAUCACCGUACAGUGCCGUGAUCAUCUUCGACCCUGCAACGGCGAUCGGUGCCUCAACACCAGGCGCUGGCCUGCCAACCGUCACCUCUCUGGCAUCCAAUCUGGUCUCCCGUGUGACGAGCACUGGUCUCAUCACCCCCACCAACGCGGCCGGUAUUCCCACCGGUUCGCCCUACAGCGCCGUCAUCAUCUUCGAUCCCGCAACAGCCAUCGGCGCCUCUACGCCUGGCGCCAGCAGUGGUGUUGUUCCGGGCAGCGGCGCCGCCCUGCCAACGGUGACCUCGUUCGCCAGUGGUCUGUCCGCGCCGACCACUAUCACCGGUCUUGUCACGCCCACCAACGCGGCAGGCAUUCCCACCGGAUCACCCUACAGCGCAGUGAUCGUGUUCGACCCCGCAACAGCCAUCGGUGCCUCGACGCCUGGUGUUCCGGGCAGCGGCGCCGCCCUGCCAACAGUCACUUCGUUCGCCAGUGGUCUGGCCGCCCCGACCACCAUCACCGGUCUCGUUACCCCCACGAACGCGGCAGGCAUUCCCACUGGAACGCCGUACAGCGCGGUUAUCGUGUACGAUCCUGCUACGGCUGUCAGUGGUGUCUCGGGUAGCGCGUCUCUUCCUGGCCAGAGUGGUGGCCCUGUCCUGCCAACCGUCACCUCGCUCGCCAGCAAUAUCGCCUCCCCGACGACCGUCACCGGUCUUAUCACCCCGACCAAUUCGGUUGGCAUUGCGACUGGAACGCCGUACAGCGGUGUGAUCGUUUACGUGCCCUCCACCGCGCUCGGCGCUCCAGGCAGCGCUUCUCUCCCCGGCCAGAGCGGCCCCGUCCUACCAACACUCACUUCGCUCGCCAGCAACAUCGCCGCCCCAACGACCGUUACUGGCCUCAUUACCCCAACCAACUCAGCCGGCAUCGCAACAGGCACUCCGUACAGCGGCGUAAUCGUUUACGUGCCGUCUACGGCUCUUGGUGCCCCAAGCCUCAGCGCUCCCGGCCAGAGCGGCUCCCCCGUUCUCCUUCCCACCGUCACCUCGCUCGCCAGCAACUUGGCUUCCCCGACGACCAUCACCGGUCUCAUCACUCCGACCAACUCCGCCGGCAUCGCAACCGGGACGCCGUACAGCGGUGUCAUCGUGUUCGUGCCUUCAUCGGCGCUUUCUGGUGGUGUUUCAUCUCCCAGCGGAAGCCUGCCUGUCAUCAGCGGAAGCGGAUCGCUGCUGCUGUCCGGAGGAGGUCUCAUUCCCUCCGGCGGCCCGGCGACGAACUUGGCCACUGGUCCUGCUCCCAGCGGCGGUGCUUCUGGCCUUCCGAGCGGAUCGUUGCCGCUACCGUCUGGCAGUGCGCUCUUCCCGUCUGGAGGUCUCAUACCGUCUGGUGGACCGGCGACCAAUUUGGCCACCGGUCCCGGCGGUGCUUCCGGCCUUCCAAGCGGAUCUCUGCCGCCAUCAGGCAGCGCUCUCUUCCAGUCCAGCGGAGGAGGUCUCAUCCCAUCUGGCGGACCGGCCACCAAUUUGGCUACGGCGCCUUCGGGAGGCCUGCCAAGUGGUUCAGGUUUGCCCGGCGGCUCAGGUCUGCCAAGUGCUUCUGGUCCAGGUUUCUUGAGCGGCUCGGUGUUGCUAAGUGCCUCUGGCCCAGGUUUGCUCAGCGGCUCAGGCUUGCUCAGCGGCUCAGGCCUUCCAAGUGGUCCUGGCCUUCCAACCGGCUCGGGUCUUCCAAGUGGCCCAGGUUUGCCCAGCGGCUCAGGUCUGCCCGGCGGCGCAUCAAGCGGUGCCCCGGCAAGCGGCCUGCCUACUAUCACGUCGACAUCUGGCAGCCUUGCUUUCACUAGCACUGGUCUCAUUACGCCGACCAACUCUGCUGGUUUUGCGACUGGUACGCCAUUCUCUGGAGUUGUUGUUUUCGUACCUACAUCAGGUGUCCUCAGUCAGCCUCCUUCGGGCAGCGCUGGCCUGCCAACAAUCACCUCUAUUGCUGGAAACUCGGCGUUUACUAGCACUGGUCUCAUUACGCCAACCAAUUCCGUGGGCAGUGCUGGUGUGCCGUUCUCUGGAGUCAUUGUUUUCGUGCCCACAUCGGGUGGCCUCAGCCAACCUCCGACAGGCUUGCCAACCAUCACGUCCACUUCUGGUAACUCCGCGUUCACGACAACUGGCUUCCUCACGCCCACAAACUCUGCGGGUAUUCCGACUGGCCUGCCGUACAUUGGUGUGGUGAUUUUUGUACCUACAUUGGGUGCCCCUAGCCAGCCACUGUCAGGCUUGCCAACCAUUACCUCGACAGCCGGCAACUCCGCAUUCACUACAACUGGCAUUCUCACGCCCACGAAUGCUGCGGGUCUUCCGACCGGUUCUCCGUACACUGGUGUGGUUGUCUUCGUACCUACUUCUGGUGCCGCGGGCGCCCCCAGCCUACCCACAAUUACGUCGACAUCUGGUACCUCUGCAUUCACCACAACUGGGGUUAUCGCGCCCACAGAUUCUGCAGGAAGCCCAACCGGUUCUCCUUACAGUGCCGUGGUAAUUUUCGUGCCCACCACCCCUGCCCCAGGCGGCGCCAGCUUACCUACCGUCACGUCAACAUCUGGUAGCUCUGCAUUCACUACAACUGGGGUCAUCACUCCCACUGAUGCCACUGGAGGCGUUAAUGGUGUUCCCUACACCGGUGUGAUCGUUUUCGUGCCCACGAACGCUGCUAGCGGAAGCAGCACUCCGCCUGCCGGCGUGCUUGUUCCCCCACCAGGAACGGCGUUGGUUUCUCCCGCUUCGGGCACCGGCUUACCCACCGUCACUUCCACUACCGGUAGCUCCGCGUUCACGACUACAGGGCUAAUCACACCUACCGAUUCUGCGGGCAAUGUGAUUGGUACUCCGUACAGUGGCGUCAUCGUUAUCGUGCCCACGACCGGUCCCAGCGGAAGCGGUGCUCCAGCUCCUGGUGCAAGCAGCUCUCCCGGCGCGAUUAUACCCCCGCCAGGAACAGCCUUGGUUUCUCCCGCGUCUUCGCCGUCAGGCACUGCGCCUCCGUUGAGUGGCACUGGCUUGCCGACUGUCACCUAUACCUCCGGUAAUUCUGCGUUCACGACCUUCGGAAUAAUUACGCCUACAAAUGCUGCCGGCAUCACAACUGCUGCUCCAUUUAGCGGCGUGAUUGUGGUCGUACCUACAUCCGGUGGCGUCAGCCAGCCUCCGCAAGGCAGUGUGAGCCAGCCUCCGCUCGGUAGUGGUAGCCAACCUCCGUUCGGUAGCAUUAGCCAGCCUUCAUCAGGCGCCGCCGGUCUACCUACUGUCACUUCAUUUGCUGGCAGCGUGGUUUCGCCCUUCACGACCACCGGCCUGAUCACUCCUACCGAUUCACUCGGAAACCCAGGUACCCCCUUCCCUGGAGUAAUUGUUUUCGCCCCUUCGUCUGGCACCGUCGGCUUCCCUACAGUCACCUCGUUCGCCAGCAACUUGGCGUCGCCUUUCACAACCACCGGAGUGAUUACGCCCACCAACGCAGCCGGAAUCCCAACCGGUCCUCCUUAUACUGGAGUCAUCGUCUUUGCACCUUCAUCUGGCGUCGCCGGCUUGCCUACCGUCACUUCGUUUGCUAGUAACUUGGCUUCACCUUUCACGACCACUGGGCUGAUCACACCUACAAACUCAGCUGGAAUCCCAACUGGUUCACCGAUUAUUGGUGUUAUCAUUGUUGCACCCUUGUCUGGCGCCGCCAGCAUCCCGACUGUAACUUCUACAUCUGGUAGUGCCUUCUUUACGACUACCGGUCUGGUUACUCCUACGAACUCGGCUGGUAUUGCUACUGGCACGCCAAUCCCCGGAGUUAUCGUUGUUGUGCCGAUCAGUGCUGUUCCGGGCUUGCCAACUAUUACUUCAACAGCUGGUAACUCUUUCUUCACCACUACUGGUCUUGUUCCGGCAACAAAUGCCGCUGGUUUCACUACAGGCUUGCCAUUCAGCGCUGUCAUCGUAUUCGUGCCGACGGCUGGAGCUUCUAACCUGCCUACAGUUACCAGGACUUCUGGUACCAUCGGAUUCACUGUUACAACCCUGAUCACCCCCACAGAUGGCGCAGGCAACCCAACUGGUACACCAUUCUCUGGUGUUCUCGUCAUCGACCCUGCGACUGGUCUUUCAGGCCCGCCUGUAUCUGGUGCCUCCGGUCUGCCCACAGUUACGAGAACUUCUGGUACCGUCAGAUUCACUGCUACAACCCUGAUCACCCCGACAGACGCCGCAGGCAACCCUACCGGCACGCCGUUCUCUGGUGUCCUCGUCGUCGAUCCGGCAACUGGAAUUUCUGGCCCACCUGCAUCGGGUGCUACCGGUCUCCCGACACCGGGUGUCUCUGGUUUCCCGACUAUUACAGUGCUAUCCGGUAGCAUUGGAUUCACUAUAACGACGCUAAUCAACCCCACGGAUGCUUCCGGUCGCCCAACUGGCACACCAUUCUCCGGUGUUCUCGUUGUUAUACCGACAUCUGGCGCUUCAGGUCUCCCGGCCUUCAGUGCUUCAGGUCUCCCUGUACCCAGCGCUUCGGGCCUGUCUGCACCCGGUAUUUCCGGCCUGCCGACUUCUGGCGGAUCACCUGGCCCCUCUGUCCUGCCAAGUGGUUCCGGUGCCCCCAGCGGUUCCAUCCCGGGCAUUCUAAUUCCAAGCGGUGUCUCAGCACUCGGCCUGCCAACCAUCACAACGACCUUCGGUAGUGUGAGCCAGCUGAUCACUACUCUGUACACUCCCACAGACGCUUUCGGCAAUCCUACCGCUACACCGUUCCCCGCAGUUCUCUAUGUCGUGCCGACUUCUGGUGUCGCCUCUGGCAUUCCUACGUUCGGCGCCUCUCUGAGCGCUGCUAUUUCGAUCGGUGGUGCUUCAUCGUCACUCCCCAUGCCAACGAUCACCUCGACAUUUGGCAGCGUCAGCCAGACUUUGACAACUCUUAUCACGAUUUCCAAUGGCUUCGGGGCCCCUGUUACAGCUGUCACCGGGGUUCUCGUAGUAGUGCCAACGCCUGGCGCCUCUGGUGUUCCAAGCGGCGCCAACCCGAGCAGUGCUCCGCCAGCAAGCCUACCCACAACCACGUACACUCUCGGCAGCAUUGCCCUGACUACCACUGGCCCCAUUACGCCUACGGACUCUGCUGGAAUUCCCACUGGGUUGCCUUUCACUGGAGUCAUCGUCUUCGUUCCAACAUCCGGUGCCUCGGCACCUGCGAGCGGUGCUUCGCCGGCAGGUCCUUCGACAAUCACGUUGACUUCGGGAAGCGUGGUAUCCACAACCACCGCUGUGGUCACUCCCACAGGUCCCGGUGGAGUUAUUGUCGGCCCGCCCAAUACCCAGAUUGUCGUCUACGUUCCGUCCUCGGGCUUGUCGACAGUCACUUCAACGUCGGGCAGUACUCCGUUUACGACAACCGGGGUCGUUACACCCACAGGACCGGAUGGAAGUCCCGCCGGAUCGCCGUCCAGCGCAGUCAUUGUCUUCGUUCCAACCUCUGGUCCAGCUGCGGGCCUGGGCACAGUCACCGUGACAUCCGGAAGCGUUCCUUACACCACAACUGGCGUCGUGACACCUACAGGCGCUGGUGGAAUCCCUGCUGGGUCGCCCUCUAGCGCAGUGAUCAUCUUUGUCCCAACUUCAGGCGCUCCUGCACCUGGCAUGGCAACAAUAACUUCGACGGCUGGCAACCUGGCCUACACCACGACAGGUGUGGUCACACCUACGGAUGCGGCUGGCAACCCCACCGGCACUCCAUCGAAUGCGGUCAUCGUCUUCGUGCCGACAUCAGGCGCAUCUACUCCUGGCGCCUUGCCUACCGUCACCUCUACUGCCGGAAACCUUGCCUACACUACCAUUGGUCUGGUUACCCCGACAAACGCUGCCGGCAUCCCCACUGCUUCGCCGAUCACAGGUGUCAUUGUUUUCGUCCCGACCCCUGGCGCGUCUGGCAGCGCGACAGCGCCUGCAGCGGGCGUGCCCACAGUUACAUCGACCUCCGGCAGCGUUGCCUUCACUACUGUUGGUUUGGUCACUCCAACCAACGCCGCCGGCAUACCUACUGCCUCGCCCAUCACAGGCGUGAUUGUAUUCGUCCCAACACCCGGAGCUCCUGGCAGCCCGACCGCGGCCCCAACGGUCUUGCCAACGGUCACAUCGACCACCGGCAACCGCGCCUACACUACCACCGGUCUGAUCAUUCCGACAAACGCCGCUGGCAUUGCUACUGCUGCGCCAUAUACGGCUGUUAUUGUGUAUGUUCCGACCUCCGGCGCUGAAUCGCCUACACCAAGCGGUGCGAGCCCAGCUGGACCAUCAGCCGUACUCCCCACGAUCACAUCCGUAUCUGGCACCUCCGCCUUCACGACCACAGGCUUAGUCACCCCGACCAACGCCGCAGGCAUUCCAAUCGGUCUACCCGUCACCGGCGUUAUCGUCUUCGUCCCGACCUCCGCCGUCCCUGGCGGUGCCACCAGCCCAACAGCUCCGGGCGUGGGCCUACCAACAGUCACAUCUGUAUCCGGCAACUCCGCCUUCACAACCACUGGUCUGAUCACUCCCACCAACGCCGCCGGCGCUGUGACCGCUACACCCUACCCGGGCGUCAUCGUCUUCGUCCCGACCUCGGCGGCGGCCCUGCCCCUGCCCACGAUCACUUCGCUAUCCGGCAGCGGCGUGCCUUUCACCACGACAGCCCUAGUCACGCCGACCGACUCGACCGGCGGUGUCGCCGGCCCGCCGGUCACGGCAAUCGUCGUCGUUCUCCCGACAUCUUCUGGUCUCCCUGGUGCCGGUCCAUCGCCGAGCUCAGCCUCGCCUGGUGGCGGAUUGUUCCCCAGCGGCAGCGGCGGCCCGGCGCCAAGUGGCACUCCUGGCUUCUCCGCUCCCGCAACCGAUCUCCUCGUCUCCGCGAGCGUUUCUGUCAGCGCUGGCGUCUCAGUUCCCGGUAACCUACCCAGCGGUGGCAUCUCAGGCCUGCCAAGCGGCGGAGCGCCGAGCAACUUGGGCCCUGGCGGCGCGUCGCUGUCUGGUGGCCUUCCGUCAGGCGCUUCCGUUCCUGGUGUGCCUUCUGGUUCUUCUGGUCUUAGUGUACCUUCAGGCCCUGGCGGUCCUGGUGCUUCCGGCUCUGUUCUCCCCGGCAGUCCAAGUGUGCCUGGUGGCUCGGGUCUACCAGGCGGCGGUUCUGCCAGCGGCGCUCCUGGUGCUUCAAGCGGCUCUCAACUGCCAUCUGGCGGACCUCUUAUACCAUCUGGUGGACCGCUGUCCAACUUGGCAGGUUUGUCAAGCGGCGCCGGUCUCCCCAGCGGCUCCGUUCUCCCCAGCGGUUCAAUCGUUCCAAGCGGCUCCGGUUUGUUCGUGUCAUCUGCAGGCUUGCCCAGCUCUCCAGGUUUGCCUGGCGGCAGCUCUGUCAGCGGCGCCCCGAGUGCCCCAAGCGGAUCAAUCCUGCCGUCUGGUGGUGCUCCUACGAACUUGGGCCCUGGCGCCUCAAGCCUGCCCAGUGGCAGCGCUCCCAGCGGUUCUGCUUCUGGCUCCCCAAGCGGCGCUCUCCUGCCUUCCGGCGGACCCCCCACCAAUUUGGCUCCUGGUCCUUCAGGCUUGCCAGGUGGCUCUGGUCUGCCGAGCAGCGGUUCCUCUGCCAGCGGUGUUCUUCCCGGUGCUUCAAGCGGUUCUGUCAGCGGUGCUCCUGGCCCUUCAAGUGGAGGAGCUAUCCUACCUUCCGGCGGAAUCCCGAGCAACUUGGUGGUUCCUCCCGCUUCUGCGUCCGGUCCCUCAGCUGGCAUCCCAGCAGUCAGUGGCUCUGCGUCAUUGUCGGCUCCUGGCGUGCCUUCUGCUGGUUCUUCCGGGCCAUCUGGGCCAUCUGGACCAGGUGUUCUCCCGAGCGGAUCUGUCGGUCCUUCUGGGUCUGCUGCUCUCCCUUCGGGCUCCGCCCCUGGCGCGCCUUCAGCCUCUGUUCCUGGUGCACCUUCAGGCUCUCUUCCUGGUGCUCCUUCAGGCUCCCUUGGCCCAUCUGGACCUGGUCUGCCUUCUGGCAGUGGCGGCCCGUCAGCUUCCCUCCCGGGCGCGAGCGGCGCUUCUCUUCCAGGUGCUUCUGUUCCAUCAGCGUCCGAUCCUGGAGCUCCUGGAGCUUCCGGCUCGGUUCCGCCUGGUCCUGGAGUCAGCGGCCCUUCGGCUGCAGGCCCAUCCGGCAGUGGUCCAGCGUCCGGCGCCCCGCAGUCAUUGCCAACUGGCGGUAUCGACAUCGGCCUGUCAGCUUCUCUUGGUGCCAGCCUGUCUGGUGGUAUUGUCCCAAUCGGACCUACCAAUCUGGCACCUGCUCCUUCUGGAUCUGCCCCAUCAGGACCUGGUGCUCCAUCGGGAUCCGGCCUUCCGUCUGCUGGCGUCACGCCCGGCAUCCUUUCUACGAUUACUCAGACCUCGGGCAGCGUGCCGUUCACAUCCACAGUCGUCACCACGCCACCCGGCGCGUCUACCCCCACCACACAGGUCAUCGUCAAUAUCCCGCAGACGGCGCUGGCCUCCCCGCUGUCCACGUUCACGCUCACUUCCGGAAGCGUACUGUUCACAUCCACCCGCGUGACGUCGAUCGGCUCAGUUCCGUAUACUGAUGUUGUUGUGGUCCAGCCUGUGACUAACCUCGCCGGCCCGCCCUCUCCGUCUGUGUCAUCUCCCGGUCCCGCUGGCCCUAGUGCCUCUCAAGGCCCUGGCGUGCCCGGUUCUGGAGUUCCGAGUGCGUCCGCUCCUGGAGCUCCUAGCCCGUCUGCCCCCGGCCUGUCCACUCCAGCGACCCUUCCCGGUGGGGACCUGCUAACCAUCACCUCGUACUACACCGGCUCUACUCGUUCCACCGCCACGGUUCCCACAUAUAUCGCGUCAAAUGGUCUUCCCUUGUCCACCUCCGUAGUAGUUAUCUUCGAUCCUGCAACUGCGGUUUCCGGCGGUGCGUCUUUGCCCACUAUUACCGCCAAUUACCCCGGCUCGGUUCCGUACACAACGACAGCUGUUACCAGCUUCACUGGCCCCGACGGUCUUCCAACUACCGGCCCAGCUGUUGUUGUUUACAACCCUGCAUCCGCCUUGGCAUUGCCUACAAUCAGGACCACCUACUUCGGCUCUGUUCCGUCAACGACCACAGCGAUUACGACCUUCGUUGGCAGCAACGGCCUCCCGUACUCUGGUUCUGCAGUGCUUGUGUUUGACCCUGCUACCUCUGGUGCCGUGUCAACUCCUGCAAGCCUGCCUACAAUCACUACGCCUUAUACUGGAACCGUCACGUUUACAACUACAGCGGUCACUACCUUCAUUGGUAGCAACGGUCUGCCAUACUCUGGCUCCGCCGUGAUUGUAUUCGACCCCGCUACUUCUGCCGCAGCGUCUCUUCCCGCGGUCCUUCCUACAAUUACUACUCCCUACGCUGGAUCCGUCACAUCGACAACCACGGCCGUCACCAACUUUGUUGGAAGCAAUGGCGCUCCAUACUCUGGCUCUGCUGUGAUCGUGUUCGUGCCUGCUACUUCACCAGCAGCCCUUCCCACGAUCACUACUCCUUACGCUGGAUCUGCCACGUUCACAACUACCGGUGUCACCAACUUUGUCGGCAGCAAUGGGGUUCCUUCCACCGGUUCCGCUGUGAUUGUGUUCAUUCCUGCUACCUCCCCCGCAAGCCUUCCUACAAUCACUACGCCAUACGGCGGAUCUGUUCCCUUCACAACCACGGCCGUCACAACCUUUACUGGCAGUGACGGACUUCCCUCUUCCGGUUCCGCUGUGGUCGUGUUCAUCCCUGCGACAAGCACUCCCGCAGUUCUGCCCACAAUCACCACCACUUAUGCCGGAUCCGCAACCUCUUUGGCUACAGCCGUCACGAACUUUGUCGGCACCAACGGACUUCCGUCAUCCGGUUCUGCCGUGAUUGUUUUCGUCCCUGGCACAAGUGCCGUCUCUGGACCCGCAAUCCUGCCCACAAUAACCACAACGUACAGUGGAUCCGUGCCCUUCACAACAACGGCAGUCACUCAGUUCGUCCCCAGCGGCGGCCCACCGUUCUCUGGUCCUGCAGUAAUCGUAUUCAACCCGGCGACCAACUUGGCACCUCAAAUUCUUCCAACGAUCACUACGACAUACCCAGGCGCUGUUCCAUUCACCACGACAGCGGUGACUCAAUUCAUUGGCUCCAAUGGACCGUACUCUGGGUCAGCGGUGAUUAUUUUCAACCCUGUCACCGCUCUUUCGUCCCCUGCAGUCCUACCUACGAUAACGACAACGUACCCAGGAACUGUUCCAUUCACUACAACGGCUGUAACUCAAUUCAGCGGUGCUACCGGCCUGUACUCUGGUUCCGCGGUCAUUAUCUUCAACCCUGCCACACCAGCCUCGUCUCCUGCAAGUGGUUCAGCCAGUGCGCCAACAAGUGGAGGUUUGGUCAUUCCAUCGGGCUUGAACAGCAACUUGGCUUCUCUGCAGCCGCAGUCUACGCCUGGAAACAUUCUCACGAUUACCUCGACCUCGGGUAGCAUUGCUUUUACUACCACCGCGCCCUUCACUCCCACUGAUUCUCUUGGAAACGCGGGUGUGGUCUCCAUCGUGGUUGUCAUCUUUGUACCCACUUCAGCCGGAGCUUCUACUGGUGGUGCGAUCAUCCCGUCGGGCCUGAACAGCAACUUGGCUACUAUACAGCCACAGUCUUCACCAGGGAGCCUUCUCACGAUCACAUCAACAUUUGGCAGUGUUCCUUACACUACUACCGCGCCCUUCACUCCUACCGAUCCUCUUGGAAAUCCGGGAGUUCCCUCUAGCGCGGUCAUCGUUGUUGUCCCUACUUCGGCCGGCGCAAUCAUUCCGUCGGGAAUUAACAGCAACUUGGCUUCUGGACCACAAUCUCAGCCGACGCCUGGAAGCCUUCUGACAAUUACCUCAACAUUUGGCAGUGUUCCCUACACCACUACCGGAGCCUUCACCCCUACCGAUUCGCUUGGAAACGCGGGUACGCCAUCUAGCGCGGUCAUCGUUUUCGUUCCUACUUCAGGUGGUGUCAUCAUUCCAUCGGGUCUAAACAGCAACUUGGCCUCGAUUCCACAACCGCAGUCCACUCCAGGAAGCCUUCUUACAAUCACGUCGACUUCUGGUAGCGUUCCUUACACGACUACUGCGCUUGUCACUCCUACCAAUUCGCUUGGUAGCGCAGGUGUACCAUCCAGUGCUGUUAUUGUCUAUAUCCCGACGAGCCCAGUCAGCCUCCCAACCGUCACCUCCACGGCAGGCAGUGUUUCUACUACUACAACGGCCGUUGCAACUUCUGUGGGUCCUAAUGCCGACGAGCUCAUCCGUCGUGCUUGCAACAAUUACCCAAGGCAAGUAACCGCCAUUGUGGUGGUGAACGUGCCGACGCCCAGCCUCCCGACAGUCACUGUUCCGGGCUCGGGUUCCAUCGCUUUAACUUCGACUGGUUUGUUCACACCUCCUGGUGCUCCGGGAUCUUUGCCUUCUCCGUACAGCGCCGUUGUCAUCUUCCAACCUGUCACUUCGCCAGCCAGCCUUCCGACAAUCACAAUUACCUCUGGCUCGGUCCCCACUACCUCAAUCGGCCUCUUUACUCCACCGGCUCUGCCAGGCUUCCCGGUACCUUCGCCGUACAGCGCAGUCGUCGUGGUUCAGCCGACCAGUGCCUUCGGUCCUUUUACGACUACCGUCACUACGGGCAAUCUCCCGGUUUUCACCACGACUGUGGCCACGUCGAACCCUACCAUCAACAAUGGCCUGCCGUUCACGCAGGUAAUCGUCCAGGUUCCUACGCCGUUUGGCCCCGUCACGAGCACCCAGACCUCUGGAGCCUUGGCCUUCACGACCACGUUCCUGACCUCGAAUCCGACCAUCAAUGGUGGGCAGCCGUUCACUGGGGUCCUGGUUAAUGUUCCUACUCCGUAUGGCUUUACAACCACGCAGACGUCCGGUGUCCUACCGUUUACCACUACUUUCCUUACCUCCAACCCGACCAUCAACGGUGGGCAACCAUACACGGCGGUUUUGGUCAAUGUGCCGACUCCUUAUGCGCUUACCACCACUCAGACGUCUGGUCUGCUGCCGUUCACUACUACUUUCGUUACUUCGAACCCCGCCAUCAACAGCGGACUGCCGUUUACGGAAGUCUUAGUCAAUGUGCCAACGCCGUAUGCGUUUACAACCACCCAGACCUCAGGCAACACGCCAUUUACAACUACGUUUUUGACAGCCAACCCUACUGUGAAUACUGGACUGCCUUAUACCGUGGUUCUCGUAAAUGUUCCAACGCCCUUCGGAUUCACCACGACACAAACGUCAGGCACAGUAGCCUUUACCACGUCAUUUGUCACUACGAACCCUGCGGUUAAUGGAGGACUCCCCUUUACUGAAGUUCUCAUCAACGUGCCAAUUUCCUUUGGAUUCACAGCAACGCAAACGUCAGGCUCCGUUCCAACCCCAUUCGGCCCUGUGACUACGACUCAAACAUCAGGACUCGCCCCAUUCACCACGACAUUCAUCACCUCCAACCCCGCGGUAAAUGGUGGCCAGCCUUUCACUGAAGUCCUCGUUAAUGUGCCCAUCCCAUUCGGUCCGUUCACUACCACACAGACUUCCGGUUUCCUUCCGUUUACGACUACAUUCGUCACCUCGGAUCCGUUUGGUAGUAUCAACGGCGGGCGGCCGUACACCGAAGUCCUGGUCAAUGUGCCAACACCCUUUGGUCCAGUUACUACAACUCAAACCUCGGGCCCUACCGCUUUCACAUCCACGGUGCUGACGUCGAAUUCCGCCAUCAAUGGAGGUCAGCCGUUUACCCAGGUCAUCGUCAAUGUCCCGACCCCCACGCCAUUCGGCGUCAUCACCACAACGAUCACUUCAGGUUCAACAAGCUCCACAACCACAGUCCUGACAUCCAACCCAACGAUCAACAGCGGCCUUCCAUUCACGGAAGUCAUUGUCUACGUCCCGACCUCGCAGGGCCCACUCAUUCCUGGUGGAGGAGGAGGGAAUACGGCUCUUAUCAGCAUGCAGCCUCAACCUACUACGACUACUCGAUACUCUGGGUCUAUUCCGUUUACAACGACGGUUGCAACUCUCAUCAAUGGCAGCCCCGUUACUCAGGUUAUCAUCAACUCUCCGACCACAGCACCCAGCCCCGGUGCAAUUUUCACGACUACGCAGACCGCCGGUUCCUUGCCGUUCACAACUACCACGGUCGCAAUCAUCAAUGGAAGCCCCGUCACUGAGGUCAUCGUCAAUGUACCUACUACUCCAUCUCCGGCUGGUUCCAUCUUCACUACUACGCAGACCGCCGGUUCUAUUCCAUUCACGACUACAAUUGCCACAGUCAUUAACGGGAUCCCGGUUACUGAAGUUGUUGUCAACGUUCCUACCUCCCGGACUGGUGCCGUGUACUCCACAUUCACACAAACUGCCGGUACUGUUGCUUUUACCAGCACGGUCUACACGGACCCUGCAGGCAUUGCUCCUCCUGGCACGUAUGUGGUGGUCAACGUACCCAUCACCUAUCCAACUAUCACCCAGACCGCCGGCUCAAUUGCUUUUACCCGCACGACCUACAUAGAUCCCUCAGGCACUGCUCCUCCCGGCACGUAUGUGGUGGUCAAUGAGCCAACCCAUCCUUAUCCAGUCAUCACACGAACCUCCGGAUCGGUCGCCUUUACCAGCACGCUGCUCACAGACCCAGACGGCACUGCGCCUCUUGGAACCUACGUAGUAGUCAACGUCCCAACCCAUUCAACGAUUACCCAAACUGCCGGCUCAGUCGCCUAUACCAGUACGGUCUACACGGACCCAUUGGGCACUGCUCCUCCUGGCACAUACGUGGUAGUUAACGUUCCGACGCACUCCUACCCAGUUAUCACGAGAACCUCCGGGUCAAUCGGUUUCACCACCACGCUGUUUACGGACCCAGACGGAACUGCUCCUCCUGGAACCUACGUAGUAGUCAACGUCCCGACCCAUUCCUAUCCAGUCAUCACGAGAACAUCUGGAUCAGUCGCCUUUACCAGCACGCUGUUGACAGACCCAGAUGGCACUGCACCUCUUGGAACUUAUGUGGUAGUUAAUGAGCCAACGCAUGCCUAUCCAGUCAUCACCCAGACGGCUGGGUCAGUCGCUUAUACGAGCACGGUCUACACGGACCCGUCAGGCACUGCUCCUCCUGGUACUUAUGUGGUGGUCAACGUCCCAACUCAUCCCUAUCCAGUCAUCACCCAGACCGCUGGGUCGGUCGCUUAUACAAGCACGGUCUACACAGACCCGUUGGGCACUGCUCCUCCUGGCACAUAUGUUGUGGUCAAUGUACCGACCCAUCCAACUAUCACGAGAACCUCUGGGUCAAUCGCUUUUACCAGUACGCUGUUCACGGAUCCAGAUGGCACUGCUCCUCCCGGCACCUAUGUGGUGGUUAACGUACCGACGCACCCAACUAUCACCCGUACCGCUGGAUCGGUCGCGUAUACUAGUACAGUGUUUACCGACCCAGACGGCACCGCUCCUCCCGGUACCUAUGUAGUGGUCAACGAGCCAACGCAUCCUUAUCCAGUUAUCACCCAGACCGGCGGUUCCGUUGCUUUUACCAGCACCCUUUUCACCGAUCCACUAGGAACCCUCCCUGCCGGCACGUACGUGGUGGUGAAUGUGCCAACUUACCUCACCAUUACCCAGACCACAGGAUCCGUCGCUUUCACCACUACCCGUUACACCGAUCCACCAGGUACCUACGGUCCCGGUACUUACGUGGUGGUGAAUGUACCAACUCCAACGUAUUCGACCUACACCCAGACUUCUGGCCAAGUUGGUUAUACCUCCACAGUUUACACCGAUCCCGCUGGUAUAGCACCGCCUGGUACUUACGUGGUCGUCAAUGUUCCUACGCACACCGGCACCACCUACACGAUCACGCAGAAUUCAGGAUCGGUGUCAUUCACCACAACCGUUACUACACUAGUCAAUGGAAGUCCGGCUACUGCGAUUGUCAUCAACCAUCCUACCAGCCCGGCCCCUUCGCCGAGCUCUGGUCUUCUCUUUACCAGAACUCAAUACUCUGGAACGUCGGCAUUCACCACCACCUUCGGUACUACGUUCGGCAAUGGAGUCCAGGCUACCGAGGUCUUGGUGAACCUUCCCAGUAGUGCGGCUCCUUUAUCAACCUCCGAGCUUCUUUUCACCAGGACGCGCACCUCUGGAUCGUUGGCAUUUACCACCACUUUCGGGACCACAUGGAGCAAUGGAGUCCAGGCUACCGAAGUCUUGGUGAAUGUCCCUACUAUGACUCCUUUGUCGAGCUCCGGUCUUCUCUUCACCAGGACUCAAUACUCUGGAACGUCAGCAUUCACCACCACCUUCGCUACUACGUUCGCCAAUGGAGGCCACGCUACCGAAAUCUUGGUGAACCUCCCUAGCAGUGCGGCUCCUUUGUCGAGCGCCGGUAUAAUCUUUACCAGGACGCGUACCUCUGGAUCACUGGCAUUCACCACUACCUUUGGUACCACUUGGUCGGAUGGAAACCAGGCUACUGAAGUCUUGGUGAACCUUCCUACUUCCUCCGGUCUGACCACCCUCCGUGCAUCAACCUCGUCGGCUGCCGUCUGCUUGCCCACCGGGGCUGUAAGUGACACGCCUAAUUGUUUCGCCUCUCUUCCGGCAGCCUGUCUGGGCAGCAGCAGUAGCAGCAGCGGUGGCGGUCUCUUCAGCCCCCUCACAAACAUUGUGGGCACCAUCAACCACUCUGCUUGCCAGGCUGCUCUCGGGACUUUUGGUACAGUCAAUGCCGCCGUAUGCUUUGCCGAAAACCUGCUGUCAUCAGUUCUGGGCAACAACAACGACUUCGUCACGUGUUUGUACAACAACUUGCCCACUUGCCAAAACUGCUCUCCUCAGUACCCAUCGGCUUGCUCGGCCCUCGCAAGCCUUUCGGGUAGCAGUCUGUUGGGAAGUAGUGCGAGUGCGUUGGCUGCCUGCAAGGCCGCAGUAGGCUUGUUCAGCGGUGGCACUUCAGUACAGUGCUUCGUGAACAGUGUCAUCAACCAGGGCGGUUCCGCAGUCCACAGCUGUUUGCAAAACCAACUCGCAAUCUGCAACGACAGCGGCUCGGUCCCGAGUACGAUGGUCUCGGCCACCACAACAACUGCUUGCGGCACUGCAACCGCCACAACUUGCGUCACGGCUCUGCCGACUGAGUGCAACUUCGGUACCGGUGACUCUGGCUUGCUGGCCGACAUCGUCGGACAAGCCAGCAUCGCCGUGUGCCAGUCUGCUAUGGGAGUGUUGGGAACGACCAUUUCACCAACUUGCUUCUUGAGCAGCGUGUUGAGCAGCUUCACUCCCCAGGACUUCAGAUCCUGUCUUUGGGGCAACCUUGGAACUUGCCGUGGCUGCACGAAUGCUCUUCCAGUCGCCUGCACUAGUCUCAGCAGCCACACCGGUCUUCUUGACGUUGUUUCUAUAGCGGCUUGCCAGGCAGCACUCGGAACUAACGGCGUGCUGAACGCGGCGCAUUGUUUCGUAACCAACUUGUUCAGCAGUGGUGGAGACAUAUUGGACUGUAUCCACGACAGCGGCCUUGUGUGCUCUGGGAACAACACAGCGAUUCUUCCCACACACUACCAAAACAGCGGCACGUCCGCGUACACACGCCUCACGACCUCUUACGCAACUUACGGCGGCGGACUUUUGGGCAUCGGCGCAACCACCGUGGCCUCGACCUACGUCAUCGUCAACUAUCCCACUAGCGGCGGUCUUGUUAUCCCCGGCCUGAGCAACCUUGCUGGUAUAAAGCCCACGUAUACGCAAACCUCGGGCAGCGUCGCGUACACGAGCACCGUAUACACCGAUCCUCCAGGCGCUCUCGGUCUCGCCACGUAUGUUGUCGUCAAUGUGCCAACGCAUGCUUACCCGACUUAUACGCAAACUUCUGGUACCGUCGCCUUCACUAGCACCCUCUCCACCGAUCCUCCGGGUCUCCUUGGUCCCGGCACGUAUGUGGUCAUCAAUGUUCCAACUGGCUACAGCACAAUCACUCAGACUUCUGGCGAUGUCGCGUUUACACGUACUACCUACACGGAUCCGACAGGCAUUGCUCCCCCCGGUACUUACGUCGUGGUCAACGUGCCGACACAUGCGUACCCCACAAUCGUUCAGACGGCAGGAAACGUUGCAUUCACCAGCACAUUUUACACCGAUCCUGUGGGUAUUCAAGGCCCCGGUACCUACGUCGUCAUCAACGUGCCUACCCACACCUACCCCACAAUCACUGUACACGAGGGUAAUUCUGCUUACACUACGACUCAAUUCCUGGAUCCGAGUGGCGAGCUUCCUGCAGCCACUUACGUCGUUGUCCACCAGCCAGCCUAUCCGACAAUCACUGUGAGCGAUGCCAGUGUUGCUUACACGACGACUCAAUACACCGAUCCAUCUGGGACGCUUCCUCCGGGAACUUACGUCGUGGUGCACAACCCACGUUAUCCGACUGUUACAGUGACGACCGGAAGUCUUCUUUUCACCACAACUCUCGCAUUCGAUCCAUCUGGCACGCUUCCCAGCGGAACAUAUGCCGUUGUAGUUGUUCCCACGGCAGCACCCCACCCAACUAUUACCGUCACGAGCGGUAAUCAUGCCCCGUACACUACAAUCAUUGCGACCGACCCAUCCGGCACACUUCCUAGUGGAACGUAUGCCGUUGUUGUGCUUCCCACGGCCUACCCAACAAUAACGGUAACGACUGGUGAUCACGCCCCAUACACCACAACCGUCGCCUUCGACCCAUCCGGUACCCUUCCCAGCGGCACGUAUGCGGUCGUCGUGGUUCCCACGGCAGCAGUCCACCCAACUAUCACCGUCACGAGCGGUAAUCACGCUCCAUACACCACGAUUGUCGCAACGGACCCGUUGGGCACACUCCCCAGUGGAACGUAUGCCGUUGUUGUGCUCCCCACGGAAUCAGCUCACCCAACAAUUACCAUUACAAGCGGCAACCACGCCCCGUACACGACGAUUGUUGCAACCGACCCCUCUGGAACGCUUCCUAGUGGAACGUAUGCCGUUGUCGUGCUUCCCACAGCUUUGGCCUAUCCAACCAUUACCGUCACAAGCGGCAACCACGUCCCGUACACGACAACUGUUGCAACUGACCCGUUGGGCACACUCCCCAGUGGUACUUACGCCGUCGUCGUGCUUCCCACCGCAACGGCCUACCCAACUAUUACAGUGACGAAUGGCAAUCUUCAUUACACGACAACCGUUGCAACCGACCCAUUGGGCACGCUUCCCAGCGGAACUUAUGCCGUCGUCGUCGUUCCCACAGCAUACCCGACCAUCACAGUUACAAGUGGCAAUCACUCCCCAUACACGACGACUCUCGCAUUCGACCCAUCGGGCACGCUUCCCAGCGGAAUAUACGCCGUCGUCGUGAUGCCGACAGCCUAUCCGACCAUCACAGUCAUGAGUGGCGACCACUCCCCGUACACGACGACAAUGGCAACCGAUCCUUCGGGCACACUUCCUAGCGGGAUAUACGCCGUCGUUGUACUCCCUACGGCCCAUCCAACAGUAACAAUCACUAGCGGUGACCAUUCCCCGUACACAACAACAAUGGCAUUCGAUCCGUCAGGCACACUCCCCAGCGGGACGUACGCUGUAGUCGUGGUUCCCACGGCCCAUCCAACGGUUACCAUUACCAGCGGCGACCGUGCGCCGUAUACAACAACCAUGGCAUUCGAUCCUACAGGCACGCUCCCCAGUGGAACGUACCCCGUGGUUGUGGUUCCUACGCCCCAUCUGACGACAAUAACCAUCACCAGUGGUGAUCGUUCCCCGUAUACGACAACGACGGCAUUCGAUCCAAGUGGUACACUUCCCAGCGGGACAUACGCCGUCGUCGUGGUUCCUACAGCCCACCUAACGACAAUAACUAUUACCAGCGGCAACCACGCCCUGUACACUACGACAACGGCAUUCGAUCCUACAGGUACUCUACCUAGUGGAACGUACGCUGUAGUAGUGGUCCCUAGCGCCUAUCCGACAAUUACCGUAACGAGCGGCAGCGUCCAUUACACAACGACCAUAGCAACCGAUCCUACGGGUACUCUGCCCAGCGGCAUAUACGCUGUAGAGGUGGUCCCGACCGGCUAUCCGACCAUUACAGUGACGAGCGGCCUUUCUCGUUACACCACCACCGUGGCGACUGAUCCGACAGGUACUCUACCCCGUGGCACAUACGCUGUGGUCGUGGUCCCUACGGGCUACCCGACCAUUACAGUGACGGCCGGCAGUGUCGGCUAUACCACCACCGUCGCAACCGACCCAGCGGGCACUCUGCCCAGUGGAACCUACGCCGUCGUAGUCAAGCCUUCUCCCCCACCGUCGUUCAGGAUCUCAGUGACGGAUUUCGUCGGCAAUUUCUUUGGUUAUCUAGACGUACUGAACAACCAAUUAACCGGAACGGCACACGGCUGCGGUCUGACGCAGUCCUACAACGAUGCCUCGACAUUCAGGAUCAACUCGACUAACCAGAGACUCACCUGCACGAGCGGCGCCGGCACAACCACCGAGCUCGGCUCCUGUCAACGUUCUGGAACUCGCAACGGGCCCUUCCUAUUCGAUCUGCCAGGCGCUAGCGGCAACGUUGACAUCGACACGACCUACUGGGAUGAUCAUACGCUGCACGUUACCAAUGCCGGCACCGGCGACUUCCUGGCUGCGCUUUGCCAGAAUAAUCUCUUCCUCGUGGGCGCCAUUCCGAACGGCUGCCGUCAGGUCGUCCUGACGCCUUGCACCAACGCCGUUUCCUUCUCAACCAGAACCGUCACGAGCGGCACCGCACCGGCAUCCACACACACAGUGGCCCCUCUCGGCACCGCCAUCUCGAACCCCGGCACCGUGGAAGUCAUCGUACCAUCAGUCACCAUAGCAUCGGGCCCCUUACCAUCCUGCUCUGCCUUAGGAUUGCAGUACCUCAACCGUCCAAACCCCGUCAGAGGCGGCUCGACUCCGGACGACCCGAACUACGUAGCCUUCGACCCUGGCGUCUACAACAACCCGCAAGCGUCGCCGUACACCACCAUCAACUACCAGGGCAUAACGAACGAAAUCAAUCUGGGUAUACCAGCCGUCUCGGCGACAUCGGCCACUGUGUACGGCGUCGCCGGCCGCAGCGUCGCCUACUCAGCCAUGAUCUUCCGCGGCUACUUCAUGCCCAACGCAACAGGCACCUACACGUUCACGCUGCCCGUCCCCGACGACAUUGGGUACAUCUGGGUUGGGCAAAAGGCCAUCUCUACCUGGACCGAGCUCAACGCCGAUCUCGCGUCUAGCCUGGAAAGGGGAUCGAACAGCAUCUCGGUCGACAUGACGGCGGGCGUCAUGGUGCCGUUCCGCAUGGUCUUCGGCAACGGGCCCGGCGCCAUGAGCUUCCAGCUCAACACGAAAGAGCCCAAUGGCGUGACGUACUACGACACAUGGGGCAUGUUCCGACCGCCUUCGUGUGGUCUGGACACCUGGUUGAACGUAUCGUCAUGA